AUGAAACGACAGGCCAUCGACAUCCCCGGGGGUGAGUACAGUGUGUUACACACACAAUUCACACACACACACAACCAACUCUCACACGGUCUCUUUUCUCUCUCAUUGCAGAGUGCAAGACAGCCGUUCAUAACGAAUGUGAAGCCAAGGUAGGUCUUGAGCCAUCUUUAAAAAAAGAAAAUUGCUUGUCUAGAGUAAAUCUGUUUUGUGUGGUCUACAAGGUUCACCAUAGAAACCUCUAAAAUGUUAACAUUGUGAAGGGAAUUCCAGCCUGGUCCUAGAUCUGUUUGUGCUGUCUCGCCAUCUACUAUGGUUAUUAUCACCAUAGAAAUUGGCAAGAACUAGACAAACCUAUGACUAGGCUAACAGUGGUCUAGAUGUAUCUAUAAGAGGGAAGCUGUUAAAAAAUACUGGCUAUGUUUUUGAAGGAUGCCAAGAAAUGUUAUUACCUCUUGGCACUGACUACUGUACUACAUGCCAAGUGGCCCAAAAUGACAUCGGAUUAUGGGCUAUGUUGUGCCAACAAUUCCUCCCGACACAUUUAUUGAGGAUUGAAUCGUCUGAGGUGUGUGUAGCUCAGUUGGUAGAGCAUGGCGCUUGCAACGCCAGGGUUGUGGGUUCGAUUCCCACGGGGGGCCAGUAUGAAAAAUGUACGCACUCACUAACUGUAAGUCGCUCUGGCUAAGAGCGUCUGCUAAAUGACUAAAAAUGUAAAUGUGUGUGUACUUUAUGUGCUGCUUAUGUGUAAAGCUUGGUACACAGACUUCGUACACACACACUUACACACACAGCAGUCAGAACUAAAACAUCAGAGAGGGGCAGUGGUGAGUUGUGGACUGACUGGGUAGGCAGACAGUCAACACAAGCGUUCAGGUUCACUGGGCAACAGUCAGGGGUUAGAUAGGACAAGAAAGCACAGGAAGGACAAAUUACUGCUGGCUUCCGCUCUUUAAUGAGACAACUUUAUAGCCUGUGUCUCUUUGGGCUUAGUAGUAGCUCACUAGGGGGCUGGUUGGGAUUACCAGGUAGUCCAAUGCCAGAAAGGAUGCUAUGAUUUCUAACCACAUGGGAUUUUAAAGUUACACUCCGCAUGAUGCCAUUAUCACACAUACCCGGGCGACUUCCUGUUUACAGAAAUCAUCAACAGGAUUGUAUUCAUUUGGCAAAUGGGAAAAAAUUUACUAAAACAGGGAGUACUACCGGAACUUGUCCAACAAGAAACAGAGUUUUCCGUUGCAAAAGUGCCCUGAAUACAAUUGAGAAUUCAGAUCGGCCAAGACUGCCUCUAUUGGCUUUUUACAGUGUAGGCAAGCCUCAAGCUGGGAGGAGGAGUGCAAAGUGGGAUGAGCAUUAGUGUACGCAGGAUGUUGCCCUGCUUUGUAUGAUGAUGUAAUAUUGUGGAGUCUACCUUUAACCACUAACUCUAACCAUAACCCUAAAUGAAGAACAAAUAUAUUUGACAUGUUUUGUUCAUUCUGGAAUGGUCAUUAAGCAAGUCCAACAUGGCUUGGUAUGACAUUGAGAGACGAGAAGCACACUAAGCAGCAAGAUGACCAUGCUAGAGAGAACAGUUGUGUGUGUGUGUGUGUGUCCCUCAUUGUCUUAUCCCCUGUCCCCUGUGUCCCAAGCUUAUGCCACGUUGUUGUGAAAAUGCCUCUACUCUACUAAAGCAUCAAAUCCCAUUCUGUUGUCUUGCAACCUUGUAUUUGACAUGCUACCACAUACCACCACAUUUCAGUCUCUCUGUCACACACGCACACAGACGGAGACAGACACACACACACACUCAAACAUAAUGGUGUGCCCCUCCACACACACACACACUCAAAACAUAAUGGUGUGUGACUCCGCACCAGCUGUUGUGUCUAGCUCACCAUGCAGUAAAAGAGGAUUAUAUAUUUUGGUACUCCUCCUCUGUGGUAUUAUAGUUAUGGUACCAUGACCAAAAACAACAGAGAGUUACGUGACACGGAGCAGAGUGCGCAUCACAGUGAGUAAUGAUCAAUAUAAAAAGGAUACUAGGAAAUAAUGGGCGUUUUCGGGAUGCCGGUGAGGGAGCGAUUGAAGGCGGGCGCAAAUAAGUGUAUGGCAGCUGGAGACAGAGGGUGAGAGAGAAUGAUUAGACAGCUCCCAUCUGGGAGUAUACAUAAAUACAUGAGGGACACGAGACAAGGUUACAAAUGUUAUUUAAAAGCUUCACAGCAUGCUAUCUCUCUGCUCUUCUCUCUUUCACUCUCCCUCCUCUCGCUCUCCUCUCUCACCAUUGCUCUCUGUGCCUGUCAAUAUGUUUUCCAUUAUUAACUCUCUCAAUUCAAUAAAUGCUUUAUUGGCAUGAAUGGGUGAUUGCCACUGUUGCCAAAGAGAUGUAUGUGAAGUAUUGCAUAAAUUAACAAUAUGUUUGAGCAACAAAAAUUAUCUAUAUCAACACCAGUGGAAGCAAACUGCCCGAUAACAUCAAAGAUCCACCACCAUAUUUUACAGUAGGUAUGGGGUUAUGCGUGGCCAAAGAGCUCUAUUUUCAUGUCUAUUUUUGACAUUUUCAAUUCUCCCUGACUGUCUAUUUUUUAUUUUGGUGCUUGUUCUCAAAGAUGAUCUUAUUUAAAAAAUAUAUUGUGCCAUUAUCUUUUAUACAUACUUUAAAUCUGGUUUUAGUCGUUUAAGUUUGCACUGAAAACGUUUUACCAUCACAAAGAUUAUAAAAAAUAUAUAAAUAUAUAAUAAUGUUGUGGCGGCCACGAUUUAGCAGCUAAAUGCAUAUAGGGAAACACUGACAGUCUUUUUUGCUCAUCUUUAUCAAGGGAUCCAAUAAUUCCAGACCCCACUGUAGAUAUUAAACAGUGCUGGGCUCAGAUUGCUGCCCCUGGUGACCCCCUCACCCCUGGUUUAAAGUUAUUUUUUUUUUAACAUAACAUUUAUUUUCAAUGUUCAUUGAUUUAAUAACGUCACAGGUUCUUCCUCCAACUCCACUUUGGAUGAGCUUGAGGAAGAGUCCUUUAUGCUGGAUGGAAUCGAAUGCUUUUUUGAAGUCAAUAAAGCAGGCAAAUAUUUAACCCUUGGUAGACUGAUAAACAUGUUUUUUAAUAAGGGUGUGGAGGGUGUAGAUGUGGUCAGAUGUUCUUUGUUUCGGUAAGAAGCCAAUUUAACAUGCACUUAAAACACUUUUCGUUGAGGAAGGUUUGUAUUCCCAAAUGUAUUAUGUUGCAGAAAACCUUCCCUAGAUUACUGGUCACGCAGAAACUGCGAUAAUUAUUAGGGUGGAAUUUGUCUCCACUUUUCAGUAUGGGUGUUAUGGCUUUAUUCCAUAUUUCUGGAAAGUAUCCUACAGUGAGGGGAAAAAGUAUUUGAUCCCCUGCUGAUUUUGUACGUUUGCCAACUGACAAAGAAAUGAUCAGUCUAUAAUUUUAGUGGUAGGUUUAUUUGAACAGUGAGAGACAGAAUAACAACAAAAAAAAUCCUGAAAAACGCAUGACAAAAAUGUUAUAAAUUGAUUUGCAUUUUAAUGAGGGAAAUAAGUAUUUGACCCCCUCUCAAUCAGAAAGAUUUCUGGCUCCCAGGUGUCUUUUAUACAGGUAACGAGCUGAGAUUUGGAGCACACUCUUAAAGGGAGUGCUCCUAAUCUCAGUUUGUUACCUGUAUAAAAGACACCUGUCCACAGAAGCAAUCAAUCAGAUUCCAAACUCUCCACCAUGGCCAAGACCAAAGAGCUCUCCAAUGAUGUCAAGGACAAGAUUGUAAACCUACACAAGGCUGGAAUGGGCUACAAGACCAUCGCCAAGCAGCUUGGUGAGAAGGUGACAACAGUUGGUGUGAUUAUUCGCAAAUGGAAGAAACACAAAAUAACUGUCAAUCUCCCUUGGCCUGGGGCUCCAUGCAAGAUCUUACCUCGUGGAGUUGCAAUGAUCAUGAGAACGGUGAGGAAUCAGCCCAGAACUACACGGGAGGAUCUUGUCAAUGAUCUCAAGGCAGUUGGGACCAUAGUCACCAAGAAAACAAUUGGUAACACACUACACCGUGAAGGACUGAAAUCCUGCAGCGCCCGCAAGGUCCCCCAGCUCAAGAAAGCACAUAUACAGCGCCGUCUUAAGUUUGCCAAUGAACAUCUGAAUGAUUCAGAGGUGAACUGGGUGAAAGUGUUGUGGUCAGAUGAGACCAAAAUCGAGCUCUUUGGCAUCAACUCAACUCGCCGUGUUUGGAGGAGGAGGAAUGCUGCCUAUGACCCCAAGAACACCAUCCCCACCGUCAAACAUGGAGGUGGAAACAUUAUGCUUUGGGGGUGUUUUUCUGCUAAGGGGACAGGACAACUUCACCGCAUCAAAGGGACGAUGGACGGGGCCAUGUACCAUCAAAUCUUGGGUGAGAACCUCCUUCCCUCAGCCAGGGCAUUGAAAAUGGGUCGUGGAUGGGUAUUCCAGCAUGACAAUGACCCAAAACACACGGCCAAGGCAACAAAGGAGUGGCUCAAGAAGAAGCACAUUAAGGUCCUGGAGUGGCCUAGCCAGUCUCCAGACCUUAAUCCCAUAGAAAAUCUGUGGAGGGAGCUGAAGGUUCGAGUUGCCAAACGUCAGCCUCGAAACCUUAAUGACUUGGAGAAGAUCUGCAAAGAGGAGUGGGACAAAAUCCCUCCUGAGAUGUGUGCAAACCUGGUGGCCAACUACAAGAAACGUCUGACCUCUGUGAUUGCCAACAAGGGUUUUGCCACCAAGUACUAAGUCAUGUUUUGCAGAGGGGUCAAAUACUUAUUUCCCUCAUUAAAAUGCAAAUGAAUUUAUAAAAUUUUUGACAUGCGUUUUUCUGGAUUAUUUUGUUGUUAUUCUGUCUCUCACUGUUUACAUAAAUCUACCAUUAAAAUUAUAGACUGACCAUUUCUUUGUCAGUGGGCAAACGUACAAAAUCAGCAGGGGAUCAAAUACUUUUUUCACUAGGUUGAAGAGCUUGAGUCUGGCUUCCUGCAGCUUAGUGCUGCUUUUCUUCAACAUCUUAUUGCAGAUAGUGUCUGGCCCACAGGCUUUACCGCACUUGAGGGCUUUGAUUUUCUCUUUCAGCUCUGUUAUUGUGAUGGGUAUAUCUAAUGGGUUUUGUUGGUCUUUAAUUGUUUCUACGUUGUUUAAUUGAUCAACUAAUUUGGUCUGAGUCUCGUUAAAGUUCGGACAUUCUGGAUUUUCAUAUCGUUUUCAAAGUAGUUUUUCCAGAUGUUGCCAUUUCGAAUGGGGAUGUUUUUCUUAUGUGAGGCAUUAAGCUCUCCCUAAAGUUCUCUCUCUCUCUCUCUCUCUCUCUCUCUCUCUCUCUCUCUCUCUCUCUCUCUCUCUCUCUCUCUCUCUCUCUCUCUCUCAUCUCUCUCUCUCUCUCUCUCUCCUCUCUCUCUCUCUCUCUCUCUCUCUCUCAUCAACUCUGCCUCUUCAUCUCCCUCUCCCUCCCUCUAUCAGUGUCUCAUCCCAGGGCAGUGAAGAGGGCGUCAGAAACCAGAGCCCUUUGACUCUGGAGUGGUGCCCAGGGUGUGUCUGUGUGUGUGUCUGUGUGUGUGUGCACUGGCACAGCUGCACUGUGUGUGUGUGCGUGCGAAAGAGGGAGGUAGAACAGUACUGUGUCGCGUGUGUUGCAGUCAGAGAGAGGAAUAGAGAGAAAGCGGGACUGUAUCACUAGCUCUCUACAGAGAGGCUUGUCGGUGACAGAGGUUGAAGAGAAAGAGCAAGGGGGAACUGAAGCAGCUUGAUGAAAGGUAAAACUCGCUCAGUGGUUCAUUCAUGAUAUUGGGUAGUCUGGAGUUUAUAGUGGGCACUGAAGGGAAAUAUUAUACUCUGAGUCUUCCCCUCUUGUGCACUGCUUUGUGUUCUGUGUUUGUUUUUGAUCGAGCAAUAGAUUGAUAUUGAACCCUUAUCUAUUUGAUAUGAAGGCUGGCAGACAUGACUAGAAGAGAGUAUGGACUAUUGAGAAUAUUGAGUAUAUAGAUUGAGUAUUACUGUACAUCACACAGCAAAACUGGGAAUGGGAGAAAGACCUAGAGAAGCGUACCUCGGGUGUGUGUGUGUGUGUGUGUGUGUGUGUGUGUGUGUGUGUGUGUGUGUGUGUGUGUGGAAGGUUCUGUUUGAGAGGACACAGAAGAAACAGAAUGGUCGGGAAACGGUCAGCUGUCCUAACAACAUCUGUGAAUCAACCGCUUCUGGUCGUGUAAGCUAGAAAUGAUCAUGAUGUACAGUGGGGAAAAAAAGUAUUUAGUCAGCCACCAAUUGUGCAAGUUCUCCCACUUAAAAAGAUGAGAGAGGCCUGUAAUUUUCAUCAUAGGUACACAUCAACUAUGACAGACAAAAUGAGAAAAAAAAAUCCAGAAAAUCACAUUGUAGGAUUUUUAAUGAACAUAUUUGCAAAUUAUGGUGGAAAAUAAGUAUUUGGUCAAUAACAAAAGUUUCUCAAUACUUUGUUAUGUACCCUUUGUUGGCAAUGACACAGGUCAAACGUUUUCUGUAAGUCUUCACAAGGUUUUCACCCACUGUUGCUGGUAUUUUGGCCCAUUCCUCCAUGCAGAUCUCCUCUAGAGCAGUGAUGUUUUGGGGCUGUCGCUGGGCAACACAGACUUUCAACUCCCUCCAAAGAUUUUCUAUGGGGUUGAGAUCAGGAGACUGGCUAGGCCACUCCAGGACCUUGAAAUGAUUCUUACGAAGCCACUCCUUCAUUGCCCGGGCGGUGUGUUUGGGAUCAUUGUCAUGCUGAAAGACCCAGCCACGUUUCAUCUUCAAUGCCCUUGCUGAUGGAAGGAGGUUUUCACUCAAAAUCUCACGAUACAUGGCCCCAUUCAUUCGUUCCUUUACACGGAUCAGUCGUCCUGGUCCCUUUGCAGUAAAACAGCCCCAAAGCAUGAUGUUUCCACCCCCAUACUUCACAGUAGGUAUGGUGUUAUUUGGAUGCAACUCAGCAUUCUUUGUCCUCCAAACACGACGAGUUGAGUUUUUACCAAAAAGUUAUAUUUUGGUUUCAUCUGACCAUAUGACAUUCUCCCAAUCCUCUUCUGGAUCAUCCAAAUGCACUCUAGCAAACUUCAGACAGGCCUGGACAUGUACUGGCUUAAGCAGGCGGACACGUCUUGCACUGCAGGAUUUGAGUCCCUGGCGGCGUAGUGUGUUACUGAUGGUAGGCUUUGUUACUUUGGUCCCAGCUCUCUGCAGGUCAUUCACUAGGUCCCCCCGUGUGGUUCUGGGAUUUUUGCUCACCGUUCUUGUGAUCAUUUUGACCCUACGGGGUGAGAUCUUGCGUGGAGCCCCAGAUCGAGGGAGAUUAUCAGUGGUCUUGUAUGUCUUCCAUUUCCUAAUAAUUGCUCCCACAAUUGAUUUCUUCAAACCAAGCUGCUUACCUAUUGCAGAUUCAGUCUUCCCAGCCUGGUGCAGGUCUACAAUUUUGUUUCUGGUGUCCUUGUCAGCUCUUGUCUGCAUAGUGGAGUUGGAGUGUGACGUUUGAGGUGUGAGGUGUCUUUUGUUUAACAAGUUAAACAGAUGCAUUAAUAAGGUACGAGUGAGGACAGAGGAGCCUCUUAAAGAAGAGUAAGGUCUGUGAGAGCAGAAUCUUGCUGUUUGUGGUGACCAAUACUUUUUCCACCUAUUUGCAAUAAUUCAUUAAAAAUCCUACAUGUGAUUUUUGAUUUUUUUCUCAAUUUGUCUUCAUAGUGAAUGUACUAUGAUGGAAAAUACAGCCUCUCUCAUCUUUAAUUGCACAAUAGGCUGACUAAAUACUUUUUCCCACUGUAUUCACUUUGUCAGCUGUUCAAAUAAUGCACUGCUCUGUUGACAAAUUAAUUGAGGUAGAGAUUACAGUGAUAUGUUACGCUAUUAUGUGAUAAUGGAUGGAUGGAUUUUUUGGUUUAUAGAAGUGUCAAAAACAUAAGUACUUAAGUACUUUGUGGACUAUGAAUGCGGAUUGCACUGUGCAAUGACCUGCUUUCUACAUGUAUUAUACAAUAGAUUUAAUGUAUUAUUUAAGAAAAAUACCAUGGCAACAUACAAGUAGUAGCAGAGUGUCUUGGUUGGGGUGAAAUUCGCUCAUGUGGAAUACCUUGGGCAGCAUGUCAAAGACACAAACAAGAUUUGAUGUUAUCGCAACCAGUUACAAGCGAGACAUCCUGUCCCUUGAUUGCAAGCUCUAAGUGUAUUAAGGUUAUAUUGAUUACAAGACAGAAAUAGUUCUGUCAAUACAGAUAGAGCGCUCUAGUGCUAGAGUUCAAUAGCAGAGGAGGUAAAGUGGAUUGUUUAUUAGAAAGGACAUGCAGCCUUAGAUCUUAGUGUCAAGGCAAUGGCCUGGACAAAUGUGACGGUGUUGAGCUUAUUGGUAACAGUGUGGAGUCAUCACCAUCACAGAAUUGUCACUGUCAUCUCUGUCACCAUUCCAGCUGCAGCCUCUGUAUGUUAACCUUGGGGUAUACACUGUAGUGGAUGCUGCAUGCACCACCAUAGUGCGUUAAUGACUUAAGCUCUCUACCGGCUGAGUACGGAAGCAAUAAAGGGAGAAUGCGUGCAUACACACACGCACACAAACACACAAGUAUGUGUGUUUAUAUUUACCCAGUGUUUUUUAAUUUCCUGUGUAGCUGAGCUGGAAGAUACAGACAAUGAUAGGUCUCAUCUAAUGUUACAGGGAUUAUAGGGUUUCUAUUUUCUGUCCUCUGGUACUACUGAGGCUUAUAGGGUUUUGUAGGGUUUCAUUCAUUUUCAUGAAUCAUAUAUAUAGUAGUUUUUGCCUAUAAAGUUGACGACACUAGUUAUAGGAAUAUCCAGAAGCAUAAAAGAGUUAAAGAGCGACGCGUUUGUGUGUAACGGACAUGACAUGUUUGAUGUACUUGGGUAUUUGCGUGUCAAGAAACAUGGUUCCAUAGCAGGGUCUGUACACUUCGUCAUAGCCGUUACAAGAAAGGCAAGUAGAGAUCUGAGUUGACGGAUGGACAAACAAACAAAUGACCUGAUGAGCGCUCGGAGCAGAGCAGGAUCUAAAAUAAGGAGGUCUGUCAAAUUAGCUCCCGAAAAUCUCUGUCUGCUCUCAAUGGUUGGAAGGCAUUUUCAGCUGUUGAUCUCUCUCCCCCCCAAGCACUCACUCACUAGCUCACUCCCUGUCUCGCUCUUACUCUCUCUCCCCCUCUCAUUUUCUCCCUCAUUAUUUCUCUCUGGCUAGACCCCAAGGUCUCCCCUUUACUUUCACCCAAUCUUGCUCUCUCGCCUUCUCCCCCAAGCUUUCUCUCCCUCUGAGCUCUGUGUGCCCAGUUCCCUCUCUCCAAUCUCUCUCCUCCCCCAUGCCUCUUACUCCCCCCGACCUCUCGUGCAUUAUCUUAAUCUCUGUGUGUUUUGACAUCUCGUUAUAGUAGUGUUUAUUUGGGGCAAGGGUUGUGGGGGUUGGGGUCCAUGCUUGUGUCCCAUGGCGGGCAUGACUGUGGUUAGUCUAAAUUUUACUGUAGCCCCUGGACAUAAGAUCCUAUGGGACAGGCAGGCAGACAGACAGGCAGACAGAAACAGACGGACAGACGGAGAUGAAUACUUACUUAGCCACAGAAACACGGCUCCUAAAUCUAGCCUGUGUUCUUGAUGAAAUGUUGGCGUUGUCUGAAACGAAAGUCUCUUUAACUCAAUUAGACAGUGGUUAGGAGGAGAGGUGAAGAUGCUUGAGAGGGUUACCAAGUGUCAUUGUUCUGAACUGCUGUCAUAAAGAAUAUUCUCUGUUCAAUAUCCUCAGGGUUUGGUUGGUUACUCACUUCUUCCUCCUCUCUCCUUCUUCUCUUCCCUUUUUACCAAAAAAAGGGUCACUCAAAUGUGACAGAGUGGAAAUUCCGCCCUGACAGCCAAGGCAUCUGGAACUGGGAUAACAGUACCUCUAGAGCUCAGGAAGGCAGUUGCAAUUUGCCAUCCGCUACAUCUAGUUAGUCUGUUACUUGGUGUCAAUUUGAGCAACAUGGAAACAUUCUGAAAUUACUUUACAGCCUUAUUCUAAAAUUUGAUUAAAUAGUUUUUUCCCCCUCAUCAAUCUACACACAAUACCCCAUAAUGACAAAGCAAAAACAGGUUUGUAGAAAUUUUUGCAAAUAUCACAUUUACAUAAGUAUUCAGACCCUUUACUCCGUACAAUGUUGAAUCACCUUUGGCAGCGAUUACAGCCUAGAGUCUUCUUGGGUAUGAUGCUACAAGAUUGGCACACCUGUAUUUGGGGAGUUUGUCCCAUUAUUCUCUGCAGAUCCUCUCAAGCUCUGUCAGGUUGGAUGGGGAGCGUUGCUGCACAGCUAUUUUCAGGUCUCUCCAGAGAUGUUAGAUCGGGUUCAAGUCCGGGCUCUGGCUGCGUUGUCUUGGCUGUGUGCUUAGGGUCGUUGUCCUGUUGGAAGGUGAACCUUCGCCCCAGUCUGAGGUCCUGAGCGCUCUGGAGUAGGUUUUCAUCAAGGAACUCUCUGUACUUUGCUCCGUUCAUCUUUCCCUCGAACCUGACUAGUCUCCCAGUCCCUGCCGCUGAAAAACAUCCCCACAGCACGAUGCUGCCACCACCAUGCUUCACUGUAGGGAUGGUGCCAGGUUUCCUCCAGACGUGACGCUUGGUAUUCAGGCCAAAGAGUUCAAUUUUGGUUUCAUCAGACCAGAGAAUCUUGUUUCUCAUGGUCUGAGAGUCCUUUAGGUGCCUUUUGGCAAACUCCUAGCGGGCUGUCAUGUGCCUUUUACUGAGGAGUGGCUUCCGUCUGGCCACUCUACCAAUAAAGGCCUGAUUGGUGGAGUGCUGCAGAGAUGGUUGUCCUUCUGGAAGGUUCUCCCAUCUCCACAGAGAAACUCUGGAGCUCUGUCAGAGUGACCAUCGGGUUCUUGGUCACCUCCCUGACCAAGGCCCUUCUCCCACGAUUGCUCAGUUUGGCCGGGCAGCCAGCUCUAGGAAGAGUCUUGGUGGUUCCAAACUUCUUCCAUUUAAGAAUGAUGGAGGCCACUGUGUUCUUGGGGAGCUUCAAUGCUGCUGAAAUGUUUUGUUACCCUUCCCCAGAUCUGUGCCUCGACACAAUCCUGUCUCGGAAACACUACGGACAAUUCCUUCGACCUCAUGGCUUGGUUUUUGCUCUGAUAUUCACUUUCAACUGUGGGACGUUAUAUCGAUCCUGUGCCUUUCCAAAUCAUGUCCAAUCAAUUGAAUUUACCACAGGUGAACUCCAAUCAAGUUGUAGAAUCCUCUCAAGGAUGAUCAAUGUACACAAGGAUGCACCUGAGCUCAAUUUCGAGUCUCAUAGCAAAGGGUCUGAAUACUUAUGUAAAUACGUUUUAAUAAAUUUGCUAACAUUUCUAAAAACCUGUUUUUUGCUUUGUCAUUAUGGUGUAUUUUUUUGAAGGUUUUAUUUAUUUAAUCAUUUUUAAAAUAAUGCUGUAACAUAACAAAAUGUGGAAAUAGGGAAGGGGUCUGAAUACUUUCCGAAUGCGCUGUAUGUGCCGUUCAUUGGAAUCCAUCCAAAUUGUGCCAUGAUGCCAUUGGCAACAUCUUGAAGUGGUAUUUUGAAGUCAUGUGGCAUUUCCAUUAAUUGGAAUCCAGUCAUCUUUCUACCAUAGUGAUGUUAUAGUACUAAUAGGUCUGCAGGCUAUAACUGCACUGAGGUCCUUUUGUCUAAUUCUUCUUUAUGUCUAUUACUUCUGUGUCUCAUGCUGGCUGUAGGUAGGGACACAUGGGCAGUAGUCCCAGGGAUAGAUAGGGGACUGGCAGGCACCUCUGUAAGUAGUAGCUAGUCUAGCUGACGAACAAGGCAAACGUAUCCAGAUGGCCCUAGCAGCACACUGGCUAAAUGAACUAAUAAAGACUGUCAGGCCCUCAGUGUGUGUGUGCGUGAGUGCGUUUGUGUCCGUCCAUGUCAACAUGCGUACGUGCAUUUACAAUAUUAGUGUAAAUAGGCUACACACAUGAAUGCGCCAAAUGCAUGUUAGCUAGUGUACAGCACGAGCGUGUGUGCGGACGUCCACGUGUAUGUAAGGUUGAGCGACCAACGGUGUCCUGUUGCAAAUUGCAUCCUGUUGACUUUGUGUGUGUGUGUGUGUGUGUGUGUGUGUGUGUGUGUGUGUAUAUACAGUAUAUGCGACUUUACUACUGAGUUCAACCUCAAUCUUGGGGGGCUUCAGUCCGUGUCUGUCGGCAUCCUUUUGUUCCUGUGGCUUACUCCACUAUUUCAUCCAGCUAACCACCAUUAUUACAACCCAUUAACAGUACCUUCCCUCCCCCCAUGGGUAAAUCUUUGGUCCCAAAAGGUACCAUAUUCCCUAUUUAAAGGACUACUUUUGACCAGAGUCCUAAGAUAGGGUGCCAUUUGUGACGCAGCCUAGAACUGCACUUCCAAAGUAUUACUUAUUUAUUGUGCUCUUUCCCGUCUGGGUCACGUUUACUGGGAUGCAAUGUUGGAGAACAUUCAGAUAGAAAUAGACUAAAUGGAACAGACAUGCUUCUCUGUCAUGUAGGAUAGGGAAUCUUGUCAGCUCUAUGCGAGACGUUUCUAUCUGAAACAUUGAGAAGGUUGCAACAUUUUGAACGUGACCCUGGUAAACAGUUCACGUAGUGAUGAUGUCAUCACUUCCUUUUACGUAAAACACACACACACGUGUACACACAAACAUCUGCUGCAUCUCUACUAGGGAUGUGAAAAAUUGACAGUUUUCUUAACAUUUAAACGGACUUUUUUUUAUCGGUUUUCCAUUAAACAUUCAUAUAAUUACAUGUGAAUUCACAUUGCAGCUGUUCUGCUGCCAGCAACGGUUUUGGUCUCACAGUGUAUCCCUUUCAGAUGGUUAAGCAUUGCACCUGUACUACCAUUACUGUACCUCAAUUCCACCUCACAAAGUUAGCAUUUCCUUCUCAUUUAACUUCUCGAAGUAUUGCCAUACAGGACUUUGCUGCUGUCGCUUGCCUUUCUCUGCCAUUUUUCCAACUGUUAACGAUGAUGACGUAGUGGUGGAGAGUCGACUCCCAUUUCUGAGUGUCAAGAUUCGAUUCCGCUAAGAAUCGACUCCUAAGAUUCAGUACUUUUGGAACAGAGGAGACUGAUUAGUUGCCGUACAUCCGAGAACACAAACACUCACAUCUUUCAUAACGAGCGAAGGACGGAGAGAGAGGGGAGGGGCACAGUAUAGGCAGGUCGGCCACCGGGCAGACAGUCAGAACCGUGCACUAGGCAUAUCUAUCGGCAAUCAAGAGCUGUAUCUCGCAAUGGAAUGCUGUAUGUCGCAAUUUCUUGGCUUGCAAUGUCUGGCAACUUCAGUAAAGCAGGACCUAUCAUCAAUUAAUAGAGUACCACGGUAUGAGUCAUAAUACACUUAAUACCUAGCGGUCAAACAAUGAAAUGACUCCAAUCGUUUUUCCACCAUUCAUUUUUCUCAUAGGGGCUUUUAGAAACACUUAAAAUAUUGGCUGUGUUUCGCGUAGGCUUACCCUGGCAUGACGUUUUGAAAACCGUGUAAAUGUCUCUAGGACAAGUUGACUUUUAUCAAUAUAUUUGUUUGUAUUUGUGGCUAUCAUAAAGAACUACAAAUGCCAUGAUGAUCUGGAUGAAACUGCCGAAUAGAGGCAAAGAAUCUCUGGAUUAACUAUCUAAUGUUAGCUAAAUUUAGUCAUUUAUAAAUUGUCUACAAGUUUUUAAUUCACACAAUACCUGUUAGCAUUAGUGUCAGCUAGAGAUGACGUGCAGGAUCUUGCAGGGAUUUGUAGUCUUGCAUGAUAUCUACUUUGAUGCUAAUUAGUAUUUUCGGAUCUGAAAGUAAAUGGAGCCGAAUAUACUGAUAAAAGUCACCUUGCCCGAGAGAGAUUUACAUGGUUAUCAAAACAUCCUUAUUUUAAGUGUUUCUAAAAUUCCCUCUGGGAAAAAUGUAUGGUGGGAAAAUGAUUGGAACCAUUUCCCUGUUUGACCCCAAGGGUCUGGGUAUUAUGACAUCUCCACUGUGGGGCUCUAUAGGUUAGGAUAUUGAGAUGAGUGAGCAACACUUUGCUCACACACAGUAUCUGUGCACGGGUUCGCUGUUCACAGCGUGGUAUCCAGGGCACCAGAGCCUGGCUCUUCACCAUUCUUAGUUGUUGCGGAAAUUUACCCACUAUGCUGUUUACUUUCUGCAUCUACUUCAUACUGUAUCUUUGAGUCUACCUUUUAAAUUACACAACUUACCCAAAGCCUUUAUAGCCUAUCGUCUAGUUAGGCUAUAACACAGAAAAUAAUAUGUUUUGUGAUAACUACACUGUGAUUUUAAUUUUGUGGGGGAUUUUUUUAUCUUUUUCUUAACGUUAAGGAUCCCAAUUUUGUUUAAACGUUUUAACAUUCACACACCUAAUCUCUACAAUCACUUUUUAUAAUGGCAUCUUGGAGCAUUGUUAGUUAAUGUCUCUCAGUGAAUAGAACACCCAAAACAUUUAAAAGAUGAAAUAUAUAUAUAUAUUUUAAUCUCUUUCUCUAAUAUUUGUUUUUCUCUCAUUGUUUCAUCUCUUUCAUCUCUCUCUCAUAUCCUGUUCAACCCCCUCUCUCUUCUCUUCCCUUUUUUCUCUCUUCGUCUUUGAUUCUGACUUUCUCGCUUUCUCUCUCUCUCUCUCUCUCUCUCUCUCUCUCUCUCUCUCUCUCUCUCUCUCUCUCUCUCUCUCUCUCUCUCUCUCUCUCUCUCUCUCUCUCUCUCUCUCUCUCUCUGUCUCUCUCUCUCUCUCGCUCUCUCUCUCUUUCUUAUUUAUUUAUCUACAGUAAAACACCAGUCUCAACGUCAACAGUGAAGAGGCAACUCCGGGAUGCUGACCUUCUAGGCAGAGUUGCAAAGACAAAGCCAUAUCUCAGACUGCCCAUCUUAACCUUUUCUUUUUAUUGGCCAGUCUGAGAUAUGGCUUUUUCUUUGCAACUCUGCCUAGAGAGGGAGAGUUGCCUCUUCACCAGCAAAGCACCAUCACACCUCCUCCUCCAUGCUUCAUGGUGGGAAAGUAUUCACACCCCUCCACAUCUUGUUGUGUUACAGCCUGAAUUUUAAAUGGUUUAAAUGUAGAUUUGUUUUUAAAUCAUUGGCUCCAUAAUGUCAAAGUGGAAUUAUGUUUUUCUAAUGUUUACAAAUUAAUAAAAAUGAAAAGCUGAAAUGUCUUGAGUCAAUAAGUAUUCAACUCCUUUGUUAUGGCUAGCCUAAAUAAGAUCAGGAGUAAAAAUGUGCUUAACAAGUUUUAACAAGUCAAAUAAAUUGCAUGGACUCACUCUGUGUGCAAUAAUAGUGUUUAACAUGAUUUUAUAAUGACUACCACAUCUUUGUACCAAUGCCUCGCAAAGAAGGGCACCUAUUGUUAAAAAUAAGAAAAAACAGACAUUGAAUAUCCCUUUGAGCUUGGUGAAGUUAUUAUUUCAACUUUGGAUGGUGUAUAAAUACACUCAGUCACUACAAAGAUACAGGCGUCCUUCCUAACUCAGUUGCCGGAGAGGAAGGAAAACCGCUCAGGGAUUUGACCAUGAGGCCAAUGGUGACUUUAAAACAGUUACAGAGUUUAAUGGCUGUGAUAGGAAAAAAACUGAGGAUGGAUCAACAACAUUGUAGUUACUUCACAAUACUAACCUAAUGGACAGAGUGAAAUGAAGGAAGCCUGUACAGAAUAAAAAUAUUCCAAAACAUGCAUCCUGUUUGCAACAAGGCACUAAAGUAAUACUUCCAAAAAUGUGGCAAAGAAAUUAACUUUGUCCUGAAUACAAAGUGUUAUGUUUGGGGCAAAUCCAAUACAACACAUUACUGAGUACCACUAUUUGCAAUCAUAGUGGUGGCUGAAUCAUAUUAUGGGUAUGCUGGUAGUUGUUAAGGACUGGGGAGUUUUUCAGGAUAAAAAAGAAACGGAAUGGAGCUAAGCACAGGCAAAAUCCUAGAGGAAAACGUGGUUGUCUGCUUUCCACCAGACACUGGGAGAUGAUUUCACCUUUCAGCAGGACAAUAACCUAAAACACAAGGCCAAAUCUACACAGGAGUUGCUUACCAAGAAGACAGUGCAUUUUCCUGAGUGGCUGGGUUACAGUUUGACUUAAAUCUACCUGAAAGUCUAUGGCAAGACCUGAAAAUGGUUGUCUAGCAAUGAUCAACAACCAAUUUUGACAGAGCUUGGGGAAUUUUGUAAGAAGAAUAAUGGGCAAAUGUAACACAAUCCGGGUGUGGAAAGCUCUUAGAGACUUACCCAGAAAGACUCACAGCUGUAAUUGCUGCCAAAGGUGCUUCUACAAAGUAUUGACUCAGGGAAGUGAAUACUUAUGUAAAUUAGAUAUUUCUGUAUUUCAUUUUCAAUACAUUUGCUAACAUUUAUAAAAACAUGUUUGCACUUUGUCAUUAUGGGGUAUUGUGUGUAGAUGGGUGAAAUAAAAAUAAUAUAUCAUCCAUUUUGAAUUCAGGCUGUAACACAACAAAAUGUGGAAUAAGUCAAGGGAUAUGAACACUUUCUGAAGGCAUUGUGUUUCCCCCUCAUGAAUCUACACAAAAUACCCCAAAAUGACAAAGCAAAAAACGUUUUUUAUAAAUUUUAGCAAAGUUAUUAAAAAUAAAGAGCUGAAAUAUAAUAUUUACAUAAGUAUUCAGACCCUUUACUCAGUACUUUGUUGAAGCACCCUUGGCAGCGAUUACAGCCUCAAGUCUUCUCGGGUAUGACGCUACAAGCUUGGCACACCUGUAUUUGGGGAGUUUGUCCCAUUCUUCUCUGCAGAUCCUCUCAAGCUCUGUCAGGUUGGAUGGGGAGCGUCGCUGCACAGCUAUUUUCAGGCCUCUCCAGAGAUGUUCGAUCGGGUUCAAGUCGGGGCUCUGGCUGGGCCAUUCAAGGACAUUCAGAUACUUGUCCAGAAGCCACUCCUGUUUUCUCUUGGCUGUGUGCUUAGGGUCAUGGUCCUGUUGGAAGGUGAACCUUCACCCCAGUCUGAGAUCCUGAGUGCUCUGGAGCAGGUUUUCAUCAAGGAUCUCUCUGUACUUUGCUCCGUUCAUCUUUCCCUCGAUCCUGACUAGUCUCCCAGUCCCUGCCGCUGAAAAACAUCCCCACAGCACAAUGCUGCCACCACCAUGCUUCUCAGUAGGGAUGGUGCCAGGUUUCCUCCAGGCGUGACGCUUGGCAUUCAGGCCAAAGAGUUCAAUCUUGGUUUCAUCAGACCAGAGAAUCUUGCUUAUCAUGGUCUGAGAGUCUUUAGGUGCGUUUUGGCAAACUCCAAGUGGGCUGUUAUGUGCCUUUUACUGAGGAGUGGCUUCCGUCUGGCCACUCUACCAUAAAGGCCUGAUUGGUGGAGUGCUGCAGAGAUGGUUGUCCUUCUGGAAGGUUAUUCCAUCUCCACAGAGGAACUCUAGAGCUCUGUCAGAGUGACUAUCGGGUUCUUGGUCAUCUCCCUGACCAAGGCCCUUCUCCCCCGAUUACUCAGUUUCUAGGAAGAGUCUUGGUGGUUCCAAACUUCUUCCAUUUAAGAAUGAUGGAGGCCACUGUGUUCUUGGGGACUUUCAAUGCUGAAUAAAUUUUUUGGUACCCUUCCCCAGAGCUGUACCUCGACAUAAACCUGUCUCGGCGCUCUACGGACAAUUCCUUCGACCUCAUGGCUUGGUUUUUGCUCUGACAUGCACUGUCUGAAGGGUCUGAAUACUUAUGUAAAUAAGGUAUUUCUGUUUUUUAUUUUUUUAUAAAUUUGCAAAAGUUUCUACAAACCUGUUUUCACUUUGUCAUUAUGGGGUAUUGUGUGUAGAUUGACGAGGGCUGUAACGUAUGAAAAUGUGAAAAAGGUCAAGGGGUCUGAAUACUUUCCGAAUGCACUGUAUAAAUCUCUCUAUAUCUCCAUCUCCUCUCUCUUGCGUUCUCUCUCUCUCUUCCCCUCCAUCCCUCACUCCCUGUCCCCCUCUCUGCUCUUGUUUCUGGUCUUCUCUCCCUGACUCCCAGUUUAGUUUCACAUCUUCACAUUUUUCCCUGACAUGUUUUCAGUCCAGUCAUCUGCAUUGUGUCUGAAACAAAGAUUAGAUUUAGUUAAAUUCAUCACAAAAUGGCAGAUGUGAGUUUACAUGGUAACAUGGGUAUAAUAUCAUUCCUCUGUGCUCAGUCAGGGUCCGUAUGUUACUGUGGCUGCUUUGUACUGUACAAUGUGGUCCACUGAUAUUGACACGUGUGCAGUAGUCUGUAAAACAACAGCACUUAUCCAUAUGGUAUUGAUUUCUUAAAACUGGUACACAGCUUGUGUGCGUGUGACUGAGGCCUCCUCUUCAUUCCAGACUCACACAAGGACACACACAUAGAAUAAAACACACACACGACGAUGCAUAGAAGAAGACAUACUGUACACACACGAACAUUCACUCUGUUGCCAGUUGAUUAGGUACACCACCCCGUUCACGGAAAUGGUUCGCUCCUACAGACAGUGAGUCACGUGGCCGUGGCUUGCUAUAUAAAGCAGUUAGACAGGCAUCGAGGCAUUCAGUUACUGUUCGAUUGAACGUUAGAAUGGGCAAAACGAGUGACCUAAGCGACUUUGAGUGGGGUAUGAUCGUCGGUACUAGGUGGGCCGAUUCCAGUAUCUCAGAAACGGCCGGCCUACUGGGCUUUUCACACACGACAGUGUCUAGGGUUUACCGAGAAUGAUGCGACAAACAAAAAACAUCUAGUCAGCGGCAAUGCUGUGGGCGAAAACAGCUCGUUGAUGAGAGGUCAACGGAGAAUGGCAAGAAUCGUGCAAGCUAACAGACGGGCCACAAACAGUCAAAUUACAGCGCAGUACAACAGUGGUGUGCAGAACGGCAUCUCUGAACACACAACUCAUCGGUCCUUGUCACGGAUGGGCUAUUGCAGCAGAUGACCACACCAGGUUCCACUCUUAUCAGCUAAAAACAAGAAGAAGCGGCUCCAGUGGGCACGCGAUCACCAACACUUGACAACUGAGGAGUGGAAAAGCAUCGCCUGGUCCAACAAUUCCCAGUUCGUGUUGUGUCAUGCUGAUGGCAGAGUCAGGAUUUGGCGUAAGCAGCAUGAGUCCAUGGCCCCAUCCUGCCUGGUGUCAACGGGACAGGCUGGUGGUGUAAUGGUGUGGGGAAUGUUUUCCUGGUACACGUUAGGUCCCUUGAUACCAAUUGAGCAGCGUUUGAAGGCCACGCCUUGUAGAAUUCAUGCCGUGAAGAAUUCAGGCUGUUCUGGAGGCAAAGGGGGGUCCAACCCGGUACUAGAUGGGUGUACCUAAUAAAAUGGCCUAAUAAAUAGUGUUAUUGUGUGUGUCUGUGUGGGACAGUGUGCAUUUUGUGCUUGCGUGCUUUCGUAAAUGUAUAUUGGCUUGUUUGUUUUCUAACUUCACAUUUGUUCAUACGUUUGUGGAAUGAAGUGGAGGCCUUUGUGCAUUCAGGAAACGCCUGUCUAAUUGCCAGCUAGGGAGGGAGAUGUAAUCUGGUGUGUGUUUAUUUUGGCCCUACUCUGUACUCCCCUUCCUCUCCUCCCUUUCUCAGAUAAGGAGGGAUAGUGGGACAAUAAACAAUAAGCAGAUUGAAUUAUGUUAAUAGAUUGUUAGACGAGUGGCGCAGCGGUCUAAGGCACUGCAUCUCAAUGCUAGAGGUGUCACUUCAGACCCUGGUUCGAUUCCAGGCUAUUUCACAAUCCGGGCCGUGAUUGGGAGUCCCAUAGGGCGGCGCACUAUUGGCCAAGCGUUGUCCGGGUUUGGCCGGGGUAGGCUGUCAUUUUAAAAAGAAUUUGUUCUUAACUGACUUGCCUAGUUAAAUAAAAAAAGACAAACAGGCUAAACAAGUGUGAAAUACCAAACAGAAUCCCCUAUGAUAUAAGGGCUGUCAUUCUCUCCAUUGUGUGCAGUGCGCACUUGCUCACUUACUGUGCCUCAUUCAUUGAACAUUGAUGACUACAUAUCUUUCUGUAUUAUCACAUGUUGUGAAGUAUAGUAUAUGGCACAUUUCAGUGUAGGACUACAGAGCAGUUUAGACAUUCAUUUCUGCCUCUCUCCAGUUUCUAUAUCUGUGCAGUGCAUACGUGUGUGUGUGACAGUCUGCCGUCAUGCUCCACUGGUCUGUCAUGUGGAAGGGGAAAUCUGUGAUGACAGCAUGACUGCAGCUGUUGAGAGAGAUGCCCUUUACAGAAGUGGUCACCAACCUGAGUCAAAAUGCAAGCCGAGAUUUACCUCUCAGAUUUAUUUUUAAACCUGACUUAAAAAACGUAAGGCAUUAACAGUUACGUAGCGUGAGGUUUGUGCAGUAGGCUAUAGGCCCAAUACAUUAUCACUGCAAAUUAGCUAUGCUUGAAUUGCCCUGUCAACGUUGUUCUUCUUAGAUCAUUUAAAAAAGGGAAAGAACAGCGGUGAGGUAGCUUUGAUGCAACCAAGCGUUGUUACAGAGUUUUUACAUUGUGCUGUUUAAAAACUGUCUUGGUUGCAUCAAAGCUAGCGGUGUCUGCCUCUGUAGCUCAGCUGGUAGAGCAUGGCGCUUGUAACGCCAAGGUAGUGGGUUUGAUCCCCGGGACCACCCAUACACAAAUGUAUGCACGCAUGACUGUAAGUCGCUUUGGAUAAAAGCGUCUGCUAAAUGGUAUAUUAUUAUUAUUAUAUCCGACCAGAGUGAGCGGAGCUGGAGCGGAGCGAGGAGCAGAGAGUGCCCAAUUUGACUGGAGUGUGGAGCGAGAUUCCCAAAGGCUGGAGCGUCGGCCUUCUCGCCCGCUCCAGUAGGGCUUACUUCACGAUCUCAGGGCAUGCCCGCCCCAGCAUGCAUUUGUAGUCUACUUGUGUGCUGCUAUAGCCCCUUGCUUUAGCUACUGUCAUGGAGUUCGCUAAAUAUUUUCAUAAAGAAACCGAUAAAACACACAGGUGCUAAAUCAACGUGACUUACAAAGAUGAGGACCAAGAGCAAGAGAGGGAGUGCGGUGAUGUAGUGUCCACAACUAAAGAAUCAUAAAAGACACGUAUUCCAAAAGCAUGAUGGUGUACCUACUACGUGCACAUGCUAAAAGAAAGGAAUGAGGUGGGUAGAUAACAAAGUGUGUCAUUGUAGAAAAGUAUUUAUAAACAAAAAAUCAGAUCUCUUAAACGUUCAUUUUUGUUCUAUUAUCUAUACAAUAGGCCAUAAUUGAUUUUGGCCCAAUAGGCCUGGCAUGUUCCCACAUUCAAGGAGUUUUCCAUUUUGAUUCGGUUAUUUUGCCUAAAAUCCUUUAGGCCUACCUAUAGAAAAGUUUUAAAAAACAACUCUGCAUCUCUGCCCAACCUAGCAUGAGUGGCCAAAAGGGUGUUUAGCAUCCCCAGUGGCUCUGGAAGUGUGGAGAAGAAUUCUCCACUGCUGGCCUGCUCUCCAGGCACCAUCGCAUGAAAAUAAAGCCACAGACUCUGGCCAAACCCGUGUUUCUAAAAAUGAAUUUAAAGAUACUAAUAAGUCAUUUUUAGUUUAAUUUGUAUUGAAUUCUAAGUAAGUCACAUCGUAUAUGCACAAUGUAUAGACUAUAAUGAUUUAAACAAUUAACUGUUUUAUGUCCCUACCAGCCUAUUGUGUCGCACUCGCAAAUGCUUCACAAUGUAUUUCUUUGAAAUAAUAUAGCUUAAAUAAUUAAUUUUCCCUUCUUAAGCUCCCUGUCUGGCUCCUGACCUAUUUAGAGUGUUUAUAUGCUUUUUAAAAUGACAUGUAGCCUAUUUGAAAUAAGGUUUGCUUCUUACAUUCACCUUUUCAUGUUUAUUCAAAUACAUUUAAUUCAAAUCCAUAUGGUUUGGUUUCAAUACUUAAAAACCAAUUGGUAGGUCCAGGUAGUCACACAAAUAUAUUGGUGUUGGUUAAAUUGUGAUUUUAAUGAAUGGAGUGAAGGCAGUUUUUUCCCCUGUGAGUGCGGAAAGGUUUUUAGAAGAGCGGUAGGAAAGGACUCACCGCUCCAUGAGCGAUGAGCGGGAUUUCCAAUCGCUCAACUCUGCUCACAUGCUCUCUGCACCCGACUCAAUGUCCCUCCGUUCUCCCUCCUCUGAGAAAAGGGGGCAGUCUUCCGGCUGAUGGCGAAACUCAAGUCUCAUUUCAUUAUUUCUGCCUCGGGCACUAAUUAAUGUUGUUACUCUAACAAUGCAAGCUUAUAGAAACACUUUGCUAUACUCAAUUAUUGCAGCUAUAGUGCUGGUUGUAGCGUGAGAGGAAGUAGGGAGAAUGCGCAUUUGAUGGCUUAUAAAAGUGUUGAACGAAGUGUUGACAGUGCUGAAACAACUUAAACAUGAACUCAUAAAAACAGCAGCUCUUUGCUCUAUUCGUUGAGUCUCUCUCUAGUCAUGGUUUUAAAAGUUUUGAAAUCUCACAGUAUCGACUUUGCUGUGCCCUCCAGGCUUCUUUUUACAGUCUAUGGCUCGAGGAAACUGUGCAGACACGGUGAUCUGAUUGACAAGCGGUAGACCUAUAGGUGCACUUGAUUUGCUCUUUGGGCCUGCCGGGUAGGCGGAGUUCUACCUUCAGACACAUGAAAUGGUUAAAAAUGGGAACACUUUGCCUUCCCUGCGCUAGGAUUGCUGAAUCAACUGCACCUACCGCUAACAGCGUGAAACAAAUACAAAAAUAGGAACGCAAGGCUUUGUCGUUGUUUUUUUUACAGAAAUGUUUGAUGAUCGACCGGUUGGUGACCCCUGCUUUACAGACAUAGAAAGCCUCUACAGUAACGUGUCGAUAGCGACAAUUGAUAACCUUCAGACAAUUUUGUGCCGCGUGUGUACCUUUUCAGACAGUAGAAUUCUGCUCUGGCAUAAAAUGUUCUGUAUUGUUUCCCUGACGACGUUAAAUGUUGCUGAUUGACGUGUUGCAGUGCUGUGUUGUUUUUAUGCUGUUUUUUUAUGUUAGUGAUGGACAUUAGUCAGAAGCGGCAUUCCUUUACAGACAAGUAAAAUGCUUGUUCAGUGGCGCUUCGAAACUAUCUCCAGAGAAGGUUUUGUGUCUGCAUUUAAAAAGCCGUAGUGUACCCUUACGGACAAACAUGCCGUAGCCGAGGCCCUUUCAAGGCGACACAUUCCGCAUGUCUGAAAAGGGUGAGAGAGAGUUCCAAAAUUGAGCAGCAGCAGCUGAAAAAAUGUGUUCCUAUAAAUAUUGAAAUGUACAUGUUUUACAUUUUUUUUAAUGAAGGAAAACUGCAAGACUGAAUGGGAGACAAAAAAACAUUGUAGCCAACGUCUCCAGUGUUGCUAUGGAAAUUGUUUACCUACCAGACACCAGAUGGAGAAAGCUAAGAAAAGUUUCAAAGUUUUGAUAAUGAGACCCAUGGGGCAGCGCACAAUUGGCCCAGCGUCGUCCAGGGUAGGGGAGGGAAUGGCCGGCAGGGAUGUAGCUCAGUUGGUAGAGCAUGGCGUUUGCAAUGCCAGGGUUGUGGGUCCGCUUCCCACGGGGGGCCAGUAUGAAAAAUAAAAUAAUGUAUGCACUCACUAACUGUAAGUCGCUCUGGAUAAGAGCGUCUGCUAAAUGACUAAAAUGUAAAUGUAAUAAUGGACACAACCAUGUUUGCAGAUUUUACCAGCUGUAAAAGCAGAGCAAAUGUUAUAUUUAACAUCAAACGAGGGCACAUAUGGAAAAUGGUUAUUUGCAACCAUUUCCAUUUCACAAAAAAAGAGAGGCAUCAGCCAAGGCUGUCAGAUCAGAAUUUAAAAAAAAAGCUAACCAGAACAACACAUAUCAAACAGUCAACCUAUACAAUAGUGGAACUGUAUUGAUGCAAGGCAAUGAUUCAAGCCUCCAGGCUUUUGAGAAUGUGUUUGCUACCCUAAAAGUAGAAGCUGAGCUCAUCUCAGAAGCUGAGGAAAGAGUAAAGGAGGGAGAUGAUAGAGAAGAGCAGGCCCAACACCCCCAACAGCCUCUGUGACCCAGCAAGAAGCCCUUAAUGUCCCCCUACCUACCUCACCUGCAGUAGACACAACCAAGAAACAUGCCUACAACACCAAGAACACCUGCUAUACAACGUUUCCUCAACACCCUCUCUCUAGUCGAAGCAGAGAGCACAGAGAGAAUGAGCUUUAAUUGAUUAAACAGUUCAAGAUGGAGAGCAGAGCAUCUAUUGCUCAAUGCAAAUAGUCCGGGUAGCCAUUUGAUUAGCUGUUCAGCAAUCUUAUGGCUUGGGGAUAGAAGCUGUUAAGGAUUUUGGACCUAGACUUGGCGCUCCGGUACCGCUUGCCGUGCGGUAGUAGAGAGAACAGUCUAUGACUAGGGUGGCUCGAGUCUUUGGCAAUUUUUAGGGCCUUCCUCUGACACCGCCUGGUAUAGAGGUCUUGGAUGUCGGGAAGCUUGGCCCCAGUGAUGUACUGGGCCGUAUGCACUACCCUCUGGAGCGCCUUGCGGUCGGAGGCCGAGCAGUUGCCAUACCAGGCGGUGAUGCAACCAGUCAGGAUGCUCUUGAUGGUACAGCUGUAUAACUUUUUGAGGAUCUGAGGACCAUUCCAAAUCUUUUCAGUCUCCUGAGGGGGAAUAGGCGUUGUCGUGCCCUUUUCACGACUAUCCUGGUGUGUUUGGACCAUGUUAGUUUGUUGGUGAUGUGGACACCAAGGAACUUGAAGCUCUCAACCUGCUCCACUACAGUCCCGUCGAUGAGAAUGCUCAGCCCUCCUUUUCCUGUAGUCCAUGAUCAUCUCCUUUGUCUUGAUCACAUUGAGGGAGAGGUUGUUGUCCUGGCACCACACUGCCAGGUCUCUGACAUCCUCCCUGUAGGCUGUCUCAUUGUUAUCGGUGAUCAGGCCUACCACGUUGUCGUCGGCAAACUUAAUGAUGGUGUUGGAGUGGGGCUUGGCCAUGCAGUCAUGGGUGAACAGGGAGUACCGGAGGGGACUAAGCAGGCACCCCUGAGGGGCCCCCGUAUUGAGGAUCAACGUGCAGAUGUGUUGUUGCCUACCCUUACCACCUGGGGGCGGACCGUCAGGAAGUCCAGGAUCCAGUUGCAGAGUGAGGUGUUUAGUCCCAGAUUAGUGAUGAGCUUUGGGGGCACUAUGGUGUUGAACGCUGAGCUGUAGUCAAUGAACAGCAUUCUCACAUAGGUGUUCCUUUUGUCCAGGUGGGAAAGGGCAGUGUUGAGUGCAAUAUAGUGGACUGCUUGAAACAUGUAGGUAUUACAGACUCGGCCAGGGACAGGUUGAAAAUGUCAGUGAAGACACUUGCCAUUUGGUCAGCGCAUGCUCGGAGUACAUGUCCUGGUAAUCCAUCUGGCCCUGCGGCAUUGUGAAUGUUGAGGUCUUGCUCCCAUCAGCUACGGCGAGCAUGAUCACAUAGUCGUCCGGAACAGUUGGUGCUCUCAUGCAUGCUUCAGUGUUGCUUGCCUCGAAGCGUGCAUAGAAGUAAUUUAGCUCGUCUGGUAGGCUUGUGUCACUGGGUAGCUCGCGGCUGGGCUUCCCUUUGUAGUCCGUAAUAGUUUGCAAGCCCUGCCACAUCCGACGAGCAUCGGAGCCGGUGUAGUAGGAUUCAAUCUUAGUCCUGUAUUUACACUUUGCCUGUUUGAUGGUUCGUCUGAGGGCAUAGCGGGAUUUCUUAUAAGCGUCCAGCUUAGAGUCCCGCUCCUUGAAAGUGGCAGCUCUACCAUUUAGCUCAGUGCGGAUGUUGCAUGUAAUCCAUGGCUUCUGGUUGGGGUAUGUACGUACGGUCACUGUGGGGACAACGUCAUCGAUGCACUUAUUGAUGAAGCCAGUGACUGAUGUGGUGUACUCCUCAAUGCCAUCGGAUGAGUCCCGGAUCAUAUUACAGUCUGUGCUAGCAAAACAGUCCUGUAGCGUAGCAUCCACGUCAUCUGACCACUUCCGUAUUAAGCGAGUCACUGGUACUUCCUGCUUUAGUUGUAAGCAGGAAUCAGGAGCAUAGAAUUAUGGUCAGAUUUGCCAAAUGGAGGGCGAGGGAGAGCUUUGUAUGCGUAUCUGUGUGUGGAGUAAAGGUGGUCUAGAAUGCAUUUUCCUCUUGUUGCACAUGUAACAUACAGGUAGAAAUUAGGUCAAACGGAUUUACGUUUCCCUGCAUUAAGUCCCCGGCCACUAGGAGCGCCGCCUCUGAAUUAGUAUUUUCUUGUUUGCUUAUGGCUUUAUACAGCUCGUUGAGUGCGGUCUUAGUGCCAGCAUCGGUUUGUGGUGGUAAAGAGACAGCUACGAAAAAUAUAGAUGAAAACUCUCUUGGUAAAUAGUGUGGUCUACAGCUUAUCAUGAGAUACUCUACCUCAGGCGAGCAAAACCUAGAGACUUCCUUCAUAUUUGAUUUUGCUCACCAGCUGUUAUUGACAAAUAGACACAGACCGCCACCCAUUGUCUUACCGGAGGCAGCUGUUCUGUCUUGCCGAUGCACGGAAAAACCAGCCAACUGUAUAUUAUCCAUGUCGUCGUUCAUUCACGACUCGGUGAAACAUAGAAUAUUACAGUUUUUAAUGUUCCAUUAGUAGGAUAGUCUUGAACGGAGCUCAUCCAGUUUAUUCUCCAAUGUUUGCACGUUGGCCAAUAGAACGGAUGGUAGAGGCGGGUUACCCCCUCGCCGACAAAUUCUCACAAGGCACCCCGACCUGCGUCCCCUGUAUCGGCGUCUUCUCUUCAUGACAAUGACAGGGAUUUUGGCCUGGUCGGAUAGCUCAAGUAAAUCCUUUGCGUCCGACUCGUUAAAACAAAAAUCUUCGUCCAGUUCAAGGUGAGUAAUUGCUGUUCUGAUAUCCAGAAGCUCUUUUCGGUCAUAAGAGACAGUGGCAGAAACAUUAUGUACAAAAUAAGUUACAAACAACUAGAAAAAACCCCACAAAAUAGCACAAUUGGUAAAACGGCAGCCAUCUUCUCCGGUGCAAUUCUAAUGUCAACUCCUGCAUCUAUACUGAGCAAAACUAUAAACACAACAUGCAACAAUUUCAAAGAUUUUACUGAGUUACAGUUCAUAUAAGGAAAUCAGUCAAUUGAAAUAAAUUCAUUAGGCCCUAAUCGAUGGAUUUCACAUGACUGGGCAGGGAUGCAACAAUGGGUGGGCCUUGGAGGGCAUAGGCCCACCCACUGGGGAGCCAGGCCCAGCAAAUCAGAAUGUGUUUUUCCCCACAAAAGGGCUUUAUUACAGACAGAAAACCUCGGUUGACUUACUGCUCAGCUCUUGGGACAAGUGUAGUCGAUAAUGCCAUCAUUGACAUGGACCUCUCCACCAUUAGUGCAUUCACUUUCAGACCACAGACACCAUUGUCAGAUCCCAGUCAGAUCAACGUGUUUCUGAUUUUUGUUUUUUACCAGCAAGACUGAUUAGAAAAAGCAGCCCAAUAAGCUGUACAACCUGAACCAAUCAUACAAAUGGACUCCAAACAGUGCAGAGAAAUUAAUUGAAACAAUAAACUCAAAUCAAAUUAUUAAGUCUAUUCAGGUCUUCAAUAACACACAAUACCAAAACAAUAAAGGUGUCAAUUAGGCUACUAAAGACAUCAGUUUCAUAUUCCAAAAAGCAGCAUUUAAAGCAAAUCUGAGAAAACCAAAGAAAUGCAACAUCAGAAACAAAAAACUAAACGUUUCUGAAAUAAAUGUUGAUAACAAUUAGAAAACACUUAAGCAAAAUGUCAAAUGAAAAACAUAAGCAGCAAAACAACCCAGCACUCCACUAUGAAUAUUUUGAAACUCUGAAACAGUAUAAACAUACACUGAAAUGUAAUACAUUUUAUUUCACCAUUAAGACACUUGAUGAAAUUGAAAACGCAAUUGACCAAAAUCAUUUCUGGUAUAUGUGGAACAAUUUAAGCACAACAAAACCACAAGAAUUACCCAUAUAAGAUGGAGGAAUUUGGAAAACGUAUUUUGAUAAUCUAUAUAAAAAUAUCACACAAAAAGACUUACAACAUAACCAAUUAGAAAUUCAAGAAAAAUCUAACAUCCUUGAAUCAGUUAUUAAAAGCAUCCCAAAUCCAUUAGAUUACCCAAUAACCCAACAAUAACUAAAUUAAAAUCAAAAAUCUGUAAAAACCAAAGAAGGUUUGGGGUCUAGAUAACAUCAGAAAUGAGAUGUGAACAAGCACACCUGAGUUGCAAAAUGCUGUGCUUAAAUUGUUCAACAUGGUACUUACUUCUGGCUGCUUUCUUGAUGUCUGGAACCAGGGGCUCAUCUCCCCUAUCCAAAAAAGUGGAGACAAAUCAUACCCCAAUAAUGACAGGGGAAUCUAUGUAAGCAGCAACUUGAAAUGUUUUCUGUAGCAUUUUGAAUUUAAGAAUCCAAACCUUCAAGAAAAUUAAUAAGUAAAUGUCAAAUUGGCUUUCUCCCUAAUCAUCGUACUACUGACCAAAUAUACACCUUACACAUGACAAUUAAAAAGCACACCAAAUAGAAUGAUUCUCCAAAGUUGGUGAAUGUGUUAAUAAAAUGUAUGUACACAGAAAACAAGUGUGCAAUAAAAAUCUAAAACCAAAAAACAUCAUUAUUGGUCGAGGUGUGAGACAAGGCUGAAGUUUUAGUCCAAACCUAUUCAACAUUUAUAUAAAUGAAAUAGCAGACAUGUUGGACACUUCUGCUGCCCCAGUACUCACGCUAUUUGACAGAGGUAAAAUACCUGCUAUAUGCUGAUGAUUUUUAUUGCAGAGCAUUGUAUACAAUAAAAAUUGAAUUAUUCAAUGGACCAAAAUAUUUGACAGUGUAAUCCUACCAAUAGCUCUUUACGGAAGUGAGGUUUAGAGGCCACUCAAUUAACUGAACUUUAAAAUGUGGGACAAACAUCCAAUUGAAGCGCUAUCUGCAGAAUUCUGUCAGUAAAUUCUACAAGUCCAAUGAAAUACACCAACUAAUGCAUGUAGGGGUGAAUUAGGUAAUUGGUAAGGAAAAUACAAAAAAUAUAAUUAAAAUGUUGGCUACACCUAAAUUGAAGUCCAAAUUCAAGCCUCCCAUUUAAAGCACUUCAAACUCAAGAGUUGAGCCCAGAAACGAGCCCUUGUCAGCUGGUGUUGGACCUAACCAACCAAGCUGACACCAUUACUGCUUCAAAACAAGGAAUAAAAAUAAACAAAAUCCUGAAUCAUGAAUCAAAGGACUCAUAUUUACAACAUUGGAAAAAGGAAAUAAAAUCUCAAAGCAAACUAAAUUGCUAUCUGGCCCUAAACAGAGAAUAUGAAUUGGCCGAGAUCAGAGCUACGACGCAGAGACAGAUCCUUACCAAGUACAGGCUGAGUGACCACCAAUUGCAAAAGAAACCGGCAGACAUAAAAAGACAUGGCUACCCAAAAAGGAGCGUGUAUGUGGUCACUGCACGACAGGGGAGGUAGAGACAGAGAUGCACUUUUUCCUCUACUGUGAGAAAUAUUCCUCACCAAGAGAUUCAUUUUUCGCAGAUUAACCUCUUGGUUAGAAAUUGUCCUAUUAAACCAAAUAAAAAAAUACUAAUGGACGAAGGAUCGCUCUUCUUGCAGCCAAAGAUGUAUUUGCCUGCCAUAGCCUUUGGGGGACACAAUAAUAAUAUCUGCAUAGUAAGUAGUAACUUACUUGUUUUUAGUAUUAUUGUUAUUAUUGUUAUUAUUAUUAUUAUUAUUAUUAGUUAGUAUUAUUGUCGUGAUUAUUACUCCAAAUAGUAGUGGUACGUGUAGUAUUACUAUUCACUGUUACCAUUUUAUUGUUUUUAUAAGUACUUUUUUUAUAUCACUAUGUUAUUAUAAUAAAUUAUUUUAUUACAAUGUAUAUUGUAUCGAUUGUUGCUUUGGCAAUAUUGACGAGAGAGAGAGAGAGAUAAUUUAGUUUCCGUCAUUAUGAAAGCAUUAUCUUUUGGUCCUUUAUACUCCAAUAUUGCAUUGUGAAUCCAAAUGAAGUACAGUACACUAUAUUCAAAAACUGUGUUUGUAUUGGAGUGUAGAUUUGGUACUGUAUUUCAGGUGACAUCCACCUGCGUCCAAGCCCCAGAACUGGUGGGGAUUCAUUUUACUCAGUUUUUACUCUGUACGUAUCCCUUCUUUUGGUUGGUUUGAGCCAUAUAAUAAUUUCAUAUACAGUGCAUUCAGAAAGUAUUCAGACCCCUUCACUUUUCCCACAUUUUGUUAAGUUACAGCCUUAUUCUAAAAUGUAUGAAAUAUAUUUUUUCUCAGCAAUCUACACACAAUACCCUAUAAUUACAAAGUGAAAACAGGUUUUUAGAAAAAAAUUCACAUUUAUUAAAAAUAAUAAACAGAAACCUAAUUCAGACCCUUUGCUAUGAGACUCGAAAUUGAGCUCAGGUGCAUCAUGUUUCCAUUGAUCAUCCUUGAUGUUUCUACAACUUCAUUGGAGUCCAGCUGUGGUAAAUUCAAUUGAUUGGACAUGAUUUGGAAAGGCAUACACCUGUCUAUAUAAGGUCCCACGGUUGACAGUACAAUACAGAACAAAAACCAAGCCAUGACGUCGAAGGAACUGAGCUCCGAGACAGGAUUGUGUCGAGGCACAGAUCUGGGGAAGGGUACAAAAAAUUGUCUGCAUCAUUGAAAGUCCCCAAGAACGCAGUGGCCUCCAUCAUUCUUAAAUGGAAGAAGUUUGGUACCACCAAGACUCUUCCUAGACCUGGCCGCCUGGCCAAACUGAGCAAUCGGGGGAGAAGGGCCUUGGUCAGGGAGGUGACCAAGAACCCGAUGGUCAAUCUGACAGAGCUCCAGAGUUCCUCUGUGGAUAUGGGAGAACCUUCCAGAAGGACAACCAUCUCUGCAGCACUCCACCAAUUAGGCCUUUAUGGUAGAGUGGCCAUACGGAAGCCACUCCUCAGUAAAAGGCACAUGACAGCCCGCUUGGAGUUUGCAAAAAGGCACCUAAAGGACUCAGACCAUGAGAAACCAGAUUAUCUGGUCUGAUAAAACCAAGAUUGAACUCUUUGGCCUGAGGAAACCUGGACACCAUCCCUAAGGUGAAGCAUGGUGGUGGCAGCAUCAUGCUGUGGGGAUGUUUUUCAGCAGCAGGUACUGAGAGACUAGUCAGGAUCGAGGGAAAGAUGAACGGAGCAAAGUACAGAGAGAUCCUUGAUGAAAACCUGCUCCAGAGCACUCAGGAACUCAGACUGGGGCGAAGGUUCACCUUCCAACAGUACAACGACCCUAAGCACACAGCCAAGAGAACGCAGGAGUGGCUUCGGGACAAGUCUCUGAAUGUCCUUGAGUGGCCCAGCCAGAGCCCGGACUUGAACCCGAUCGAACAUCUCUGGAGAGACCUGAAAAUAGCUGUGUACCAAAGCUCCCCAUCCAACCUGACAGAGCUUGAGAGGAUCUGCAGAGAAUGGGAGAAACUCCCCAAAUACAGGUGUGCCAAGCUUGUAGCGUCAUACCCAAGAAGACUCAAGGCUGUAAUCGCUGCCAAGGUACUGAGUAAAGGGUCUGAAUACUUAUGUAAAUGUGAUAUUUUUUGGGGAAACAUUUCUGAACAUGUUUUUGUUUUGUCAUUGUGGGGUUUCAUCCAUUUUCAUCCAUUUUAGAAUAAGGCUGUACUGUAACAGAAUGUGGAAAAAGUGAAGGGGUCUGAAUACUUUCUGAAUGCACUGUAUCAUUUGUAUUUAUUAUGGAUCCCCAUUAGCUGCUGCCAAGGCAGCAGCUACUCUUCCUUGGUUCCAGCAAAAUUAAGGCAGUUCAUACAAUUUAAAAAACAUUACAAUACAUUCACAAAUUUCACAACACACUGUGUGCUCUCAGGCCCCUACUCCACCACUACCACAUAUCUACAGUACAGAAAUCCGUGUGUAUAGUGUGUGUGUAUUCAGGUGUCUGCGCCUAUGUUUGUGUUGCUUCACAGUCCCCGCUGUUCCAUAAGGUGCUUUUUUUAAUCCGUUUUUUAAAUCAAAUUUUACUACUUGCAUCAGUUACUUGAUGUGGAAUAGAGUUACAUGUAGUCAUGGCUCUAUGUAGUACUGUGCGCCUCCCAUUGUCUGUUCUGGACUUGGUGACUGUGAAGAGACCUCUGGUGGCAUGUCUUGUGGGGUAUGCAUGGGUGACCGAGCUGUGCGCAAGUAGCUCAAACAGACAGCUCGGUGCAUCCAACAUGUCAACACAUCUCAUAAACAUAAGUAGUGAUGAAGUCAAUCUCUCCUCCACUUUGAGCCAGGAGAGAUCGACAUGCAUAUUAUUAAUAUUAGCUCUCUGUGUACAUCCAAGGGCCAGCCGUGCUGCCCUGUUCUGAGCCAAUUGCAAUUUUCCUAAGUCCUUUUUUUGUGGCAACUGACCACACGACUGAACAGUAGUCCAAGUGUGACAAAACUAGGGCCUGUAGGACCUGCCUUGUUGAUAGUGCUGUUAAGAAGGUAGAGCAGAGCUUUAUUAUGGACAUACUUCUCCCCAUCUUAGCUACUGUUGUAUCAAUAUGUUUUGACCAUGACAGUUUACAAUCCAGGGUUACUCCAAGCAGUUUAGUCACCUCAACUUGCUUAAUUUCCACAUUAUUUAUUACAAGAUUUAGUUGAGUUUUAGGGUUUAGUGAAUGAUUUGUCUCAAAUACAAUGCUUUUAGUUUUAGAAAUAUUUAGGACUACCUUAUUCCUUGCCACCUACUCUGAAACUAACUGCAACUCUUUGUUAAGUGUUGCAGUCAUUUCAGUUGCUGUAGUAGCUGACAUGUAUAGUGUUGAGUCAUCCGCAUACAUAGACACUCUGGCUUUACUCAAAGCCAGUGGCAUGUCAUUAGUAAAGAUUAAAACAAAUAAUGGGCCUAGACAGCUGCCCUGGGGAAUUCUUGAUUCUACCUGAAUUAUGUUGGAGAGGCUUCCAUUAAAGAACACACUCUGUGUUCUGUUAGACGGGUAACUCUGUAUCCACAAAAUAGCAGGUGGAGUAAAGCCAUAACACAUACGUUUUUCCAGCAGCACACUAUGAUCGAUAAUGUCAAAAGCCGCACUGAAGUCUAACAAAACAGCCCCCACAAUCUUUUUAUCAUCAAUUUCUCUCAGCCAAUCAUCAGUCAUUUGUGUAAGUGCUGUGCUUGUUGUUGAAUGUCCUUCUCUAUAAGCAUGCUGAAAGUUUGUUGUCAAUUUGUUUACUGGAAAAUAGUAUUGUAUCUGGUCAAACACCAUUUUUUCCAAUAGUUUACUAAGGGUUGGUAACCGGCUAAUUGGUUGGCUAUUUGAGCCAGUAAAGGGGGCUUUACUAUUUUUAGGUAGCGGAAUGACUUUUGCUUCCCUCCAAGCCUGGGGGCACACACAUUCUAGUAGGCUUUAAUUGAAAAUAUGGCAAAUAGGAGUGGCAAUAUCCUCCGCUAUUAUCCUCAGUAAUUUUCCAUCCAAGUUGUCAGACCCCGGUGGCUUGUCAUUGUUGAUAGACAACAAUCAUUUUUUCACAUCUUCCACACUCACUUUACAGAAUUCAGAUUUACAAUGCUUGUCUUUCAUAAUUUGGUCAGAUAUACUUGUAUGUGUAGUGUCAGCAAUUGUUGUUGGCAUGUUAUGCCUAAGUUUGCUAAUCUUGCCAAUGAAAAAAAUCAUUAAAGUAGUUGGCAAUAUCAGUUGGUUUUGUGAUGAAUGAGCCAUCGGAUUCAAUGAAUGAUGGAGUUGAGUUUGCCUAUUUCCCAAAAUGUCAUUUAAGGUGCUCCAAAGCUUUUUACUAUCAUUCUUUAUGUCAUUUAUCUUUGUUUCAUAGUGUAGUUUCUUCUUCUUUUUAUUCAGUAUCAUUCUUACUUCUAUGGUUUGAACUCUGUACAGCGUUAGUAAUGUGUUCUCUCUUUUUAUGCCUCUUUCUCAGCAAGGGUCCACUAAGUCCCUGUCCCAUAAGAAGAGGAGCUCCCUUCCCAGGUACCAAACACUUUUUAUACUUUGUAGUAAAGGACUUGGAACGGGAUUCAAUCAAUAGCAGAUAGUGAUACAUGAAGCCAGUGAUACAAUCAGGGGUUAAAGUCCUCCGUCACUCCGACAGAUUUCCGUCAUAUGGACGUUUUGGAGAUGACAGCCUAAUACAGAAGUAUGUCUGUUCUACGAAAUACAUUCCCAAAUAAAUGUAUUCUCAACAACAACAAAAAAACAUAUGUUACAUUGUAUGUACGGCACAGACUUGCAUGAUUUUUUUUCUGACACUUCCCUUGAAGGGAAUAAGAUAAGUCUAUAAUGCGCUCCACCAGGGCCCUCAACUCAAACAGCAGUGUAGCCUACUGUAGCUGCUGGCAAAGUAAUUCAAAUCCUAAACUUUAUCAGUUAGGAUGUAACUUUCCAAGGCUAAAAAAUCAGACAACCCCAUAAUGGAAUAGUUUACCUAUUUCCCUAGUCAGCCUGUUGUUGUGUGUUCUAUGCUAGAUAAAUAUUCAUCUCAAGGCGCAUUCAAUUUGCAAGAGCCAUCAAAUCAAAUACAAUUUUAUUGGUCGCAUACACAUAUUUAGCAGAUGUUAUUGCGGGUGUAGCGAAAUGCUUGUGUUCCUAGCUCCAACAGUGCAGGAAUAUCUAACAAUACACACAAAUCUAAAAAGGUAAAGGAUGGAAUUAAGAAAUAUAGAACUAUUAGGCAGAGCAAUGUCGGAUUAUAUAAAGUACAUUCGGAAACUAUUCAGACCCCUUGACCUUUUCCACAUUUUCUUACGUUACAGCCAUAUUCUAAAAUUGAUUCAAUUAAUUAUUUUCCUCAUUCAUCUACACACAAUACCCCAUAAUGACGAAGCAAAAACAGGUUUUUAGAAAUGUUUGCAAAUGUAUUACCACUUGAAAACAGAAAUACCUUAUUUACAUAAAUAUUCAGACCCUUUGCUAUGAGACUUGAAAUUGAGAUCAGGUGCAUCCUGUUUCCAUUGAUCAUCUUUGAGAUGUUUCUACAACUUGAUUGGAGUCCACCUGUGGUAAAUUCAAUUGAUUGGACAUGAUUUUGAUGGGCACCCACCUGUCUAUAUAAGGUCCCACUGUUGACAGUGCAUGUCAGAGCAAAAACCAAGCCAUGAGGUCGAAGAAAUUGUCCGUAGAGCUCCGAGACAGGAUUGUGUCGAGGCACAGAUCUGGGAAGGGUACCAACACAUUUCUGCAGCAUUGAAGGUCCCCAAGAACACAGUGGCCUCCAUCAUUCUUAAAUGGAAGAAGUUUGGAACCACCAAGACACUUCCUAGAGCUGACCUCCCGUCCAAACUGAGCAAUCAGGGGAGAAGGGCCUUGGUCAGGGAGGUGACUAAGAACCCGAUGGUCACUCUGAUAGAGCUCCAGAGUUCCUCUGUGGAGAUGGGAGAACCUUCCAGAAGGACAACCAUCUCUGCAGCACUCUACCAAUCAGGCCUUUAUGGUAGAGUGGCCAGAUGGAAGCCACUCCUCAGUAAAAGGCACAUGACAGCCCGCUUGGAGUUUGCCAAAAGGCACCUAAAGACUCUCAGAUCAUGAGAAACAACAUUCUCUGGUCUGAUGAAACCAAGAUUGAACUCUUUGGCCUGAAUGCCAAGCAUUCCCUACGGUGAAGCGUGGUGGUGGCAGCAUCAUGCUGUGGGGAUGUUUUUCAGUGGCAGGGACUGGUAGACUGGUCAGGAUCGAGGCAAAGAUGAACAGAGCAAAGUACACCUGCUCCAGAGAGCUCAGGACCUUAGACUGGGCCGAAGGUUCACCUUCCAACAGGACAACGACCUUAAGCACACAGCCAAGACAACGCAGGAGUUGCUUCGGGACAAGUCUCUGAAUGUCCUUGAGUGGCCCAGCCAGAGCCCGGACUUGAACCCGAUCGAACAUCUCUGGAGAGACCUGAAAUGCUGCUGUGCAGCGACACUCCCCAUCCAACCUGACAGAGUUUGAGAGGAUCUGCAGAGAAGAAUGGGAGAAACUCUCCAAGUACAGGUGUGCCAAGCUUGUAGCGUCAUACCCAAGAAGACUCGAGGCUGUAAUCGCUGACAAACGUGCUUCAACAAAGUAUUGAGUAAAGGGUCUGAAUACUUAUGUAAAUGUGAUAUUUAAGUUUUUUAUUUUUAUACAUUUGCAAAAAUGUACAAACUUGUUUUUGCUUUGUCAUUAUGGGGUAUUGUGUGUAGAUUGAUGAGGGGGGGGGGAAAUACAAUUUAAUCCGUUUCAGAAUAAGGCUGUAACGUAACAAAAAUGUGGAAAAAGUGAAGGGGUCUGAAUACUUUUCCGAAUGCUAUGUAUAUAUGUGUGUGAUGGGAUGUAUAGACUAUAUGGAUAGAAUAUGUAGUAUAUCUGAAGAAUAGUAUAUGUACAGCAAUGGUUAAAUAGGAUAGGCAUUGACUAGAAUACAGUAUAUACAUAUGAAGUGGGUAAAAUGGUAUGUAAACAUUAUUAAAGUGACCAGUGUUCAAUGACUAUGUACAUAGGUUAGCAGCCUCUAAGGUGCAUGUUAGAGUAGCCGGCUAGUGACGGUGACUAAAGUUCAGGGCAGGGUACUGUGCGGAGGCCGGCUAGUGGUGACUAUUUAACAGUCUGAUGGCCUUGAGAUAUAAGUUUUUCAGUCACUCAUUCCAAGCUUUGAUUCACCUGUACUGACCUCACCUUCUAGAUGGUAGUGGGGUGAACAGGCCGUGGCUCGGGUGGCUGAGGUCGUUGAUGAUCUUCAUGGCCUUCGUGUGACACCAGGUGCUGUAGAUGUCCUGGAGGGCAGUGUUCCCCUAUUGAUGCAUUGGGCAGACCGCACCACCCUCUGGAGAGCCCUGCGGUUGCGGACGGUGCAGUUGCCGUACCAGGCGGUGAUACAGCCCGACAGGAUGCUCUAAAUGGUGCAUCUGUAAACGUUUCUGAGGGUCUUUGGGGCCAAGCUGAAUUUCUUCAGCCUCCUGAGGUUGAAGAGGUGCUGUUGCGCCUUCUUCACCACACUGUCUGUGUGGGUGGACCAUUUCAGAUUGUCAGUGAUAUGUACGCAGAGAAACUUCAAGCUUUUCAUCUUCUCCACUGCGGCCCCGUUGAUGUGGAUGCGGCUCCCUCUGCUGUCUCCUGAAGUCCACGAUCAGCUCCUUUGUUUUGUUGAGGGAGAGGUUAUUUUUCUGUCACCACUCUGCAUAGGAAGGGAAACAUGUAUUCUGAGUGACAAGCAGUCAUAGGUGUCGUGUCCCAUAGGCUAAAUGGAAUUGAACUUGCCAUAUAAUUACUUCUGUUUAUACAAAAAUACAUAAAAUCCACCAGAGAGCAUGGUUUAGUCACAGAAGAUCAUUAGCUUCUUUAAAAAUGUUUUACUGUGGAUUGUUUUAAAUCGCCAGAGUAUAACCUACAGUUGGGAUGCACACAAUUUGGGUAGCACUUACAACAUAUCAAAUAGCUGAUUGUUGAUUUGCGGCUGUUAGUGAAAAGCAUCUAAAAUAGGCCUAGGCCUAUCGCAAUAUUUCAGAAUACGGUGGCUGGGAAAAAAAGAGAGGAGACAAAGAAGAAACGGACAUGUCUUUAGUUAGGCUAUCAAAAUCCUGAACUCGCAAUAGGCUAUUGAGCGAACAGUAUCCUAUCUUACUGGCACUAUAGCAUUGGCCAUAUCCCCGGUGAGUGCGCAUAUUCACUGUCUUUAUCACAUGCUCCUGGAAAGUUUUUUGGGGACAAUAAUUUCCUCCUCCAGGGUAGAUGGACGUCAUAGUCUACAAUAUGUCUCCCCUUUUCAUAGGCCUUGAUUAGAUGGUUGCAUUCAAAGACAAGGUCGUUUUUUUAUUGAUCUCAGUUUGCCAGUGUCAGCAGAGUAGCCUACCCUUUCAUUUUUUUGGUAUUUAAGAUGCUGCUAUUGUCUCCAAUCAUGGAGAGUAAAAGUGUCAUAGAAUUGCAUGAAAUAUUUAUAUAAAAGGCCACAUUUUUUCUCAGAUUUCUCUCGGGUCCUCCUAAAACAUCUCCCUCUAGCUGGGGCUGAGCUCUGGAUGUGUGCAAAGAACAGAAAGGAAAAGAAAAUCAGAACGGUCUUUUUUUGCUAACAGUGAGUCAGUUCCCACUGGGCACAACUGGUUGAAUCAAGGUUGUUUCCAAUGUAAUUUGUCAGCGUAUUGUGACGUGAAAUCUACGUGCAAAAUACAUUGGAUUUGGAAAAAAAGUAAUUAACGUAAACUGUUGUUUUGAUGGUGAAAUGUCAACCACAUCAUGGUAACCGAAUUUCAACAUAGACAAACCUUGUACGAAAUAUAUUGAAUUUGUACCUUUAAAACAACGUCAGAUCUUCAACGUUAUAUCCAAUGUCAGAAAAAAAAACUAGGCUGGGCAGCACCUCCUACUGGAGAAUUGGUCUAUCUAUAGCUACCCUUUGGUCUCCCAUCCAGGGUUUUAACCAAAGCCCAGCCAUGCUUAGCUAUGAUAUUUGUCACUGACUAUUACCAAUGUGCUAUCAUGAGACUGAUUGUUGAGAGAUCUCCACUUAAAAACGAAAUAGAUUCACUGUAUCGAAGUCAUUCCAAAGGGUACGUUUAACAGAGCAAAUUAAAUGUGACCAUACACUCGUAUCAUCAAUAAUUCCAUUUAGGCCUAGAUAUGAUUUGCAGUCAUCAACAGCUAUUGUUUCAAUUCAACACAGAAUUAAACUAAAAAUAGAGUACAAUAGGCCUAGGGUUUCAAGCUCUGGUUGAUUUCAAGUGUAAUGAUAUUUAGUGAUAUUGAAUUGUGUUUGGUUGUCAAAGCAACAAAAUAUCAACAUUUGAAGGAGAUGUAUCUUCUGCUUGGAUAGUUCCAUCUGUGCCACUGAUUUAGUCUGGCUUUAAUUCCAGUUAGUCUACAAAUUAGUAAUUAGUAAUAUGUUGAAUUCACGUCUCCAACUCAACCAACAAUAAAAGUUAAAGAAUGGAAUUAAGCCAGUGCCUUCAGAAAGUAUUCAUACCACUUGACGUAUUCCUAAUGAAAUAUCUCAUUUACAUAAGUAUCUACACCUCUGAGUCAGUACUUUGUAGAAGCACCUAUGGCAGCGAUUACAGCUGUGAGUCUUUCUGGGCAAGUCUCUAAGAGCUUUCCACACCUGGAUUGUGCAACAUUUGCUCAUUAUUCUUUUCAAAAUUCUUCAAGCUCUUGCAAAUGGUUUGUUGUUCAUUGCUAGACAACCAUGUUCAGGUCUUGCCAUAGAUUUUAAAGUAGAUUUAAGUCAAAACUGUAACUCGGCCACUCAGGAACAUUUACUGUCUUCUUGGUAAGCAACUCCAGUGUAGAUUUGGCCUUGUGUUUUAGGUUAUUGCCCUGCUGAAAGGUGAAUUCAUCUCCCAGUGUCUGGUGGAAAGCAGACUGCACCACGUUUUCCUCUAGGAUUUUGCCUGUGCUUAGCUUCAUUCCAUGUCUUUUUUAUCCUGAAAAUCUCCCCAGUCCUUAACGAUUACAAGCAUACCCAUAACAUGAUGCACCCACCACUAUGCUUGACAGUCUGGAGAGUGGUACUCAUUAAUGUGUUGAAUUGGAUUUGCCCCAAAUAUAUAACACUUUAUAUUCAGGGCAAAAAGUGAAUUGCUUUGCCACAUCAGUAUUACUUUAGGGCCUUGUUGCAAACAGGAUACAUAUUUUGGAAUAUAUUUUUUCUGUACAGGCUUUCUUCUUUUUGCUCUGUCAAUUAAGUUAGCAUUGUGGAGUAACUACAAUGUUGUUUAUCAAUCCUCAGUUUCCCCUAUCACAGCCAUCAAACUCUGUUUUAAAGUCACCAUUGGCCUCAUGGUGAAAUCCCUGAGCGGUUAGGGAGGACACCUGUAUCUUUGUAGUGACUGGAUGUAUUGAUACACCAUCCAAAGUGUAAUUAAUAACUUCACCAUGCUCAAAGGGAUAUUCAAUGUCUGCUUUUUUUUUUACCCAUCUACCCUUCUUUGCUAGGCAUUGGAAAACCUCCCUGGUCUUUGUGGUUGAAUCUGUGUUUGAAAUUCACUGCUCAACUGAAGGACCUUACAGAUAAUUGUAUGUGUGGGUUACAGAGAUCAGGUAGUCAUUCAAAACACUAUUAUUGCACACAGAGUGAGUCCAUGGAAUGUAUUAUGUGACUUGUUAAGCAAAGGUUUACUCCUGAACUUAUUCAGGCAUGCCAAAACAAGGGGUUGGAUACUUAUUGAAUCAAGACAUUUCAGCGUUUCAUAUUUUAAUUAAUUUGUAAAGUUUUUUUAAAAUUACAUUCCACUUUGACAUUAUGGGGUUUUGUGUGUAGGCCAGUGACAAAAUAAAUCUAAACUUUAUCAAUUUUAAAGACAACAAAAUGUGGAAGAAGUCGAGGGGUGUGAAUACUUUCUGAAAGCACUGUAAUUUCAACUGCAAUCCAGAUCAUUUGGUUCUGCUAUUAGAUGAAGCACAGUGAUAAUACAUUAAUCUGUUGUAUAAAUAAACAAAAUAUCUGACAUUGUAUUCCCAUUUGAACUUUGCUGUGCUUUUAAAUGGUUGAAAGUGCAGUGAUAGACAUUUGAAAUUAAACCAACUUUUGGGUGUCUUUUUGAGUGGGUGUAUAUAGGUUUUUAUCUCAUUGAUCAACGUCUCAACCAAAUACAGUGGAGGCUCCUCAGAGGAGGAAGGGGAGGACCAUCCUCAUCAGUGAAUUUCAUAAAAAUAAUACAUAUCCUUUUUAUCCUUUUUAGAUAAAACUAUACUAAAUAUAAUGAUGUCACCAAAUAAUUGAUUAAAACACACUAUUUUGCAAAGGUCUACAGUAGCCUCAACAGCACUCUGUAGGGUCGCACCAUGGUGUAGCUGGACGACAGCUAGCUUCCGUCCUCCUCUGGGAACAUUAACUUCAAUACAAACCCUAGGAGGCUCAUGGUUCUCACCCCCUUCUAUAGACUUACACAGUAAUUAUGACAACUUCCGGAGGAGGAAUACAAUGUGGCUGCUAUGAAAGUGAACUGUAUUUACGCGUGAUCAGGGGUGUAUUCAUUACGCCGAUUCUGUUGAAAGCGUUUCUUAAACGGAAGCAAACGGAACAAACAAGGAUAAACAUACCUGAAUUUGUCCAAUAGAAACUCUAGCUUGCAACUGUAUAGACUAAUGAUUACACCCUAUAUCAGCUAGACACAGGCAAGACUGUGCAAGGCGGUAUUAAAUGUCACUGUCUGUCCAUGUGUCACCUCAAAUUUGUCUCUCGACCUGUGUGCACCUACAUUGUAAACUUUAAUUCAUAGGCUAGGUUGUAGCAACCUCAUGAUGGGUGUAGGGAAAAUUUAGUAUCAUGUAGUAGCCCAAACCUGUCGCUGUUAAAUUGAACUGGGUGAAUGGAAUAUGAAUGAGAGUCAUCCAAUAUGCUUUAAUAGAAAUAAGGCCAUGCUCAUUUUUAAAAAAUCGUCCUCCCUCAUCUUAAACAGCAUUUUUUUUAUUAUUAUUUUUGUUAAUAAAUAUUUUUGCUUCCCCUAACUUGAAACUUAUGCGCCGCCUAUGCAAGCAGUCAAUGCACAACAAUUCUUAAUGCAAUCACAGUGAAAACACUUUUGUGUUUUGGCCGUUGUUAAAAAAAGAGGGGAUCCCAGCUUUCCAUUGCUAACAUGUUUAUUUCUCUACUCCUACAAUUGCUUGCGUGGCAUCGUUUUAAAAAUGCAGUUACAACCACACAACCGGAGUUUAGGCGCAGCUGCGCAACAGAGCUCUUAAAGGUUCAAUGGCAUCUUAAAAGGGCAAUGACAUACUUUGUAAUAUAAUCAUUAUUAAUAACAAUUUUUUAUAAUAAUAAUUAAUUAUAACAAUCAGGAUGUCCAAUGGAGGUAAUGGGGUAAAUGCAGAUGGAAGAAUUGCUUCAACCUAUGUAUUUAUAGCCACUAUGCUGCAUCAGUUGGGCUACAGGUGAUAAUGCUUAUUGCUAAUGGGACAUCUGAUAAUACAGAUCAUGCAUAGGCUAUAUGCAUGGUCCAAUAUGUUAAAAUAAUUGUAACGUAAUUUUUACCAGUAUAAUAUUAGGCUUAUUUUGGAAAGGUGGAAAUUAUAUUUUAGAUGGUGUCAGCAUAAUUGUAUUUUCUUUCAUUUUGGAGUAAAAGGCACCAGAACUGAGUUUCUCAGUCCUACAUAGAAAUUAUUCCGGGGGAGGACCCCGGACCCACUAAGAAAGGGGACUGGAAUUGGUCAAAUUCGAAUGAUCCUCAUUCCCUAAAAGCAUGAUGGUCAUGAUUUUUUUUUACGUGAAAGGGGAGGUUAACUUGGCCCCAGACAAUCGAUCUGAGAUUGUCUUAAGAAGUCAUGGGAUUUGUUUUGCUUUAACAUUUACAUUUACAUUUUAGUCAUUUAGCAGACACUCUUAUCCAGAGCGACUUACAGUUAGUGAAUGCAUACAUGUUUUUUUUCAUUGUUUUUUUUCAUACUGGCCCCCCGUGGGAAACGAACCCACAUCCCUUCCGGCCAAACCCUCCCCUACCUUAGACGACGCUGGACCAAUUGUGCGCCGCCCAUGGGUAUAACCCCAGGAUAUAAUAAAUGAAAGAGAUGAACUGACUGCCUCUCUCUCUCUCUCAUCUCUCUCCUCUCCUCCAGGAGUAAGAGUGUGGAGUGUGUGAUGGAGAGAGUGAUGGCAAGGCACUAUGACUUUGACCUCACCUACAUCACUGAGAGGAUCAUCUCUGUUUUCUUCCUGCCCGAUCUGGAAGAACAACGUUACUGUGGCAACUUACAGGAAGUGGCCGCCAUGCUCAAGUCCAAACACCAAGACAAGUUCCUGGUGAGUUGGGGGGGAAUGAGUACCGUACUUGGAAAAAGGCAAUUCACACAUCCAAAAUGUGAACGUUCAGGCCCCAAACAUAACAAAGUAGACCGAAACAGGUAAGGACUACCUGGGGAUUUGUCCAAUGAGAAACAUUCAUUUUUAUUUUCAGUUAUGAAACAUUUAAAAAACGUUUUCUAUUGCGUGUGCUAAUGUACUUUUUCCAGUGCGUGUGCUAAUGUACAUGACUUUGGUGCUGGGUACAUCAAUCGAUACAUAUGACUAACAAGAGGCCUGCAUACUCCCAAAAGUUGAUUCAUUGUCUAUGUCAGCCAGGGGUGGGUCGACAACCUGAGAUGGUCGAUGUAGGUGCAGGCUUUUGCUCCAGCCAAGCAGUAACACACCUAAUUCAACUUAUCAACUAAUCAUAGUCCUCAAUCGAGGCUUUGAGUUUUAAAAUUAGGUUACUGCUGGGCUGGAGCAAAAGCCUGCACCUUCACUGGCCUCGCAAGGUAAGGUUGCCCACAUCUGGGCACAUAUUCACAGAGUGUCUCAGAGUAGGAGUGCUGAUCUGGGAUCCGGGCCCCCCUGUCCAUGUAAUCUUAUUCAUUAUGAUCCAAAAGGCAAAACUGAUCCUAGAUCAGCACUCACUAAUCUGAGUAUGGGCCCUGGUCUGAAUGAAGAUGAAAGGACACAAUUUGUUGAAUGAUGCAGUGUAUUACACAACAGUAUACUCAGUCUGCCAUCUCAUAAAGUUAGUAAACAUUUGAGACAAUGUGUUGCCAAUGCUUGUUUCUCCCCUACAUUUUUAUAAAAACCGAAACAAAGAUGUGUUUGUUCGUGGUCCGUGAACAACAGUGUUUUCUAUCACAAUCUGUGAAUGAUUACGAACCACUGAGCUUGCGCCAUCUUCUUCCAUUACUCUUUUAUAUAAACUCAGCAAACUGCGUUUAUUUUCAGCAAACUUAAUGUGUUAAUAUUUGUACGAACAUAACAAAAUUCAACAACUGAGACAUAAACUGAACAAGUUCCACAGACAUGUGACUAACAGAAAUUGAAUAAUGUGUCCCUGAACAAAGGGGGGGAUCAAAAUCAAAAGUAACACUCAGAAUCUGGUGUGGCCACCAGAUGCACCACCAGAUGCAUCUCCUCCUCAUGGACUGCACCAGAUUUGCCAGUUAUUGCUGUGAGAUGUUACCCCACUCUUCCACCAAGGCACCUGCAAGUUCCCAGACAUUUCUGGGGGGAAUUUAACCUUUUUUAGUCAUUUAGCAGACGCUCUAAUCCAGAGUGCAUACAUGUAUUUUAUUUUUUUCAUACUGGCUCCCCGUGGGAAUCGAACCCACAACCCUGGCGUUGCAAGCGCCAUGCUCUACCAACUGAGCUACACAGGGCCCAGUUGUAUUUUUUAGUGAUCCAAUUUACAUUUUAGUGAUUUAGCAGACGCUCUUAUCCAGAGCGACUUACAAUUAGUGAGUGUAUACAUUUUUCAUACUGACCCCCCUAGCCCUCACCCUCCGAUCCAACAGGUCCCAGACAUGCUCAAUGGGAUUGAGAUCCGUGCUCUUCGCUGGCCAUGGCAGAACACUGACAUUCCUGUCUUGCAGGAAAUCACGCACAGAACGAGCAGUAUGGCUGGUGGCAUUGUUAUGCUGGAGGGUCAUGUCAGGAUGGGUACCACAUGAGGGAGGAGGAUCUCUUCCCUGUAACGCACAGCGUUGAGAUUGCCUGCAAUGACAACAAGCUCAGUCCGAUGAUGCUGUGACACACCGCCCCAGACCAUGACGGACCCUCCACCUCCAAAUCGAUCCCGCUCCAGAGUACAGGCCUCGGUGUAACGCUCAUUCCUUCGAUGAUAAAUGCGAAUCCGACCAUUGCCCCUGGUGAGACAAAACUGCGACUCAUCAGUGAAGAGCACUUUUUGCCAGUCCUGUCUGGUCCAGCGACGGUGGGUUUGUGCCCAUAGGCGACGUUGUUGCCGGUGAUGUCUGGUGAGGACCUGCCUUACAACAGGCCUACAAGCCCUCAGUCCAGCCUCUCUCAGCCUAUUGCGGACAGUCUGAGCACUGAUGGAGGGAUUGUGCGUUCCUGGUGUAACUCGGGCAGUUGUUGUUGCCAUCCUGUACCUGUGCCGCAGGUGUGAUGUUCGGAUGUACUGAUCCUGGCAGGUGUUGUUACACGUGAUCUGCCACUACGAGGAUGAUCAGCUGUCCGUCCUGUCUCCCUGUAGCGCUGUCUUAAGCGUCUCACAGUACGGACAUUGCAAUUUAUUGCCCUGGCCACAUCUGCAGUCCUCAUGCCUUCUUGCAGCAUGCCUAAGGCACAUUCACACAGAUGAGCAGGGACCCUGGGCAUCUUUCUUUUGGUGUUUUUCAGAGUCAGUAGAAAGGCCUCUUUAGUGUCCUAGGUUUUCAUAACUUUGACCUUAAUUGCCUACCAUCUGUAAGCUGUUAGUGUCUUAACGACCGUUCCACAGCUGCAUGUUCAUUAAUUGUAUAUGGUUAAUUGAACAAGCAUGGGAAACAGUGUUUAAACCCUUUACAAUGAAGAUCUGUGAAGUUAUUUGGAUUUUUAUGAAUUAUCUUUGAAAGACAGGGUCCUGAAAAAGGGACGUUUCUUUUUUUGCCGAGUUUAGUUAGCAAGUGACGAUUGCUCAUUCUUAGGGCCCGGUUGGGUAUAUUAACUAUGUUACUGUGUGGUGUUAUAAAGAAGCAAUACAAUCAGUAUAUUGUUCUUUUGUAACAGAAGGUAAUUGUUUUGCUCCACCCAGCACUUCAAUGUAACGUUUUGUGCAUAUUAUGUCAGACAAUUUGUAGUCAAUGUUGAGACAACGUUGUGUGGUUGUUGUGUGGUUACUGGGUAUGACAUUGUUGAUUUCCUCUUCUCUUUGUCUCAAUGUCUGCCUCUCCCAGCUCUUAAACCUGUCUGAGAAGCGUCAUGACAUCACCAGACUCCACCCCAAGGUAGGAUGACCACCAUAGUGAUGCAAUAUACCUGUAAUUGAGUGUGUGAGGACCGCACUCCAGAGUGCUACUAGUACAGUGCUCUCAAAUUCUGGUUCCGAUGGACUGCUUCCCAUAGAAGGUUUAUCCAGAGAUGGAUAACUUCACUGUGUGUGCCAAACUCAGGUUGAAGACUUUGGUUGGCCAGACCUGCAUGCCCCUCCCCUGGACAAGAUCUGUGCCAUGUGUAAGGCCAUGGAGACCUGGCUCACCUCUGACCCCGGCAACGUGGUAGUCCUGCACUGCAAGGUCAGGGGAGAUGCUCUACUGUUGUGUUGUUGCAUUGUUUGUAUUGUGUUGUUUGUUCUGUUCAAAUAUGUCCAGUUAGCCUACAUGUCUCUCUCUCUUUUUCUUUCCUUUUCUCUAUCACAGGGAAACAAGGGGAAGACGGGGGUCAUUGUGGCUGCCUACAUGCACUACAGCAAGAUAUCUGCAGGGUAUGUGAUGACUGUGUGUGUGCGUGAAUGUGUACGUACUGUCAAAGUCUUAUUGACGCCGUACGUGGGUACACUUGUACAGAGAGUUAUUGAUACUGUGUUUGUGUGUGUGCAGGGUGGACCAGGCCCUGAACACUCUGGCCAUGAGGAAGUUCUGUGAAGAUAAAGUUUCCUCCUCGCUACAGCCCUCUCAAAACAGGCAAGAGCAUCUCUCUUUUAUGUCUUGCCACUUUCCCUCCAUCUUUCCAACUUUUCUCCUCCUUGUAUAUUGUAGCUAGGUUGUCACCUAUUUGAGUCUGCACAUCCCUCCUAAUUCUAAACGCCCCAAUCUUUCUCCCACCUCUCUUUCUUCUCUUCCCCAGGUAUAUCUACUACUUUGGUGGUCUGCUGUCGGGGGCGAUCAGGAUGAAUAGCAGUCCUCUGUUCCUCCACCAGGUCCUCAUCCCCAGCCUGCCGAACUUCCAGGCAGCAGGAGGAGGUCAGUGUCCCACUGUCCUCCUGUACAAUGUGAUGUAGUACUGUCAAAUCGGAGUUGUUUCAACUUGAAAAGAUAACUUACCACAAUGCCUUCCUCUUCUUUUUAAGAUGCAAAUGAGGAGGUCCAUGUGUGGCUAUCAAAUGAGUUGGAACUUGUUAGUUUAGUACUGUUAAGGCGUCAGCAUUCUUCAGUUCAGUUGGCGCCUAGCCGAGCUCGGUGUGAACCGAACGAGUGUGCUUUCGUACUUCCUUAAAAGACCUUCGCUUGAAAAACGAGAAAGAAGCGGCAAUAGUACUGUUUGUCCAUUUUGAGACGCCGUAGCCAGUAUACACUUCCUCAAAAUACUCAGAAUUAAUCUAAGAUAACUCAAGAAAUAUGUCAUUAAUUUUGACCUUUUUGCCGAGGUGAUCUAAGAUGUUGGGUGCAGUAUUUCUCAAUUAAAAAAUAUGCAUGAGAACAAGUCGUCUCUCAUUGAAUGACAUCAAAGACUUUAUUGAAGAAUCCCUACUGUUAAACAAAUAACCAAAGAAGGGGCGUAGACUUCGGCUACCGACUUCGGCUUGCCUUGAGAACUUUUUGUGUGCCCGAACAGCUGAAAAAAGUCCAGAACAAACAAAAACGUCACAAAAUGUUGUGUCGUCAUAAUAUAUGCACUAAGUAUUCCGAACUGUUUCGGCUUGGAAGCAUGUGGACGCCUUUAGGAGUAUUAAUAUGAGUAUUUUUUAGAAUUUGCAUCUAGAAUUUCUUUCACUUCAAACAACUUUGGGGGGAUAUAUUGCCUCCUCUUCUUCUUUAAUGACCUCACAUCAACACCAUCUUUCUCCCCCUGCUGUCUCUCCACUCCUUCAUUCCUACACUCACUCGCUUUCUGUGCAGGUUAUUAUCCUUUCCUGAAGAUCUACCAGUCUCUACAGCUGGUCUACACAUCAGGCAUUUAGUGAGUUAAUUAUGUUGUUAAUACUAUAUGAUCAGUACAUUUUUCACUCUGUUCCCUUUCCACCUUCAGACACGGUAGGUACUUGGGUACCUUUGUUGGGACUUUGUUUAUAUGUGCUACCGCCUGUGUUUACAUGUGUAAUGGUCUGUGUUUAUUCCAACUGAACAUUGUUUGUCUGUGUUUUAUGUUGAGGUGUGUUUUACAGAUGUUCGAAUGUGUUUUGACUAUGUUUUCGUCUGUCUCUGUGUAGCGACCCCCAGGGCUCCAGGGCGAGAAAGCUGUGUGUGACACUCGAGCCGGCGCUACUGCUGAAGGGGGACGUCAUGGUGAGUGUUAAACAAAAUGGACACACAGGAACUAGUCAUCACUCCUCUCCAUCUUUAUCUACCAGUCCCCUCUCCUUUUCUCUUUGACCCUUUCAACAGCUCAUAUCUGUAAAGCUCCAGCCAUGGAUCCACAUUCAGGCAAAUUAUCCUCCAUGUUGCCACCAAAUAUUCCAUGACAAUAACAUUGUAAUUUGAACUAGAAUGUAAUUGUCUUGGAGCUUUUGCAUCUAACAUGGCCCCUAUUAGUUAUCCUAAGUCUCAAACACAGUGCUUGUGUAAAUAAUAGUGUGGCCACAUAAUCUCUCUCUGUGUUUCUCUUUCUCUCUUUCUUGUCUCUCUCCCCAGGUGAAAUGCUACCACCGGCGGCCACAUGGCUCAGAGAGGGAGGCGGUGUUCAGGCUGCAGUUCCACACCUGUACGGUCCAUGGAGCUCAGCUGUGGUUCGGCAAAGGAGAGCUGGACCUGGCCUGUGCAGGUAGGUACCAGGGGUCUGAUUGGCCAGCAGUAUACCACCCAUAAUCCCACUGCUGGCUUUCCUCUGAAGGUAAGCAGGGUUGGUCCUGGUCAGUCCCUGGAUGGAAGACCAGAUGCUUCUGGGAGUGGUGUUGGGUGGCCAGUAGGAGGCACUCUAUUCUCUGGUCUAAAAAAAUAGCCCAAUGCCCCAGAGCAGUGAUUGGGGACAUUGCCCUGUGUAGGGUGCCGUCUUUCUGAUGGGACGUUAAACGGGUGUCCUGACUCUCUGUGGUCACUAAAGAUCCCAUGGCACUUAUCGUAAGAGUAGGGAUGUUAACCCCGGUGUCCUGAUUAAAUUCCCAAUCUGGCCCUCAUACCAUCAUAGCCACCUAAUCAUCCCCAGCUUCCAAUUGGCUCAUUCAUCCCCCCUCAUCUCCCCUGUAACUAUUCCCCAGGUCGUUGCUGUAAAUGAGAAUGUGUUCUCAGUCAACUUACGUGGUAAAAUAAGAUUUAAAUAAAAUAAAAGUAAAUAAAAUAGAGGGGAACGUCGGGGAGUUUAGGAAGGAGGGAGAGGGGAGGAGGGAGAAGGGAAUGAUUGUGUUUCAGGACGAAGUGCAAUCGCUUAUUAUUUGAAGCAGUCAGACAGACGCUCAAGCACACACUCUCACUGGCUCGCACGCACGCUCAGUCACAUACACAGAUAUCUGACUCCGAAAAUACAAGAAACAAAAUGAUGACAUUAUUUAACAAAUCUUUUCAAAUAGUAUAUUGAUAUACAAAUAAACAAUGUAUUAGCAAACGUACACCUACCAAUAGCCUAACUAAUACCUCAGAAGCAGAGAGGAAGCCCAUCUUCACUGCCAACUCCAACACCCCUGGUAUGGCCUCCAUCUCCUCAUCAGAAAAGAGCCACUGCACGUCAGAGCUCCCAUGUUGCCUCUGCUGUGGAGGUUCCACUACUUCUUCGUCCUCAGUGUCCACAGAGUCAGACCAGGCCUGUCUCUUCUGUGUCACUGGGUGCAUGUGGGCGUCUCUCUCAAAGUCAGCCCUCUGCAUCAGCUCUCUGUAGUAGAAGGCUUGAAGCUGUCAAAAGCACUCGUAAAAGCACUGGAUGUUGUACUGGAGCAUGUUGUACUGGAGUAUGUGGACAUGAAUGUGUACCAGAAGUCCUGUUCCAUGUAAAACUCUGGGAGACUGGUGGCGGCUGCCUGCACUGGUACAGAAUAGAGCAAGGGCGAGGUAGAUGGAGGCACUUACAGAGCUGGUGAACACGGGCUGAGUUGUACACCAGUCUCCCUCCCCUGCAGCAGAGACUGACUGGACUGGACUCGGCUGGGGCUAGAAGUGAGACUGAAUGUCUGUAGGGCUGAGACUUCCUCAACAUCUGAGGCAGCAGGCGGGUGAAUCGUCCCCAUGUAUAUGACAUCGUCAUCCUCCUCCUCUGUCCACUCUGUCCAAAGGGACAGCACCAAGGAUGGUGUCCAAGGAAGAUGCUGAAUUCGGCACAUUUUAUAUGAUCUUCGAUAGCAGAGACAAGUCUAGGGCCCUAUAAAAUCUGCGUUGCGGAAUCACAGAAUCCAGGAAUGCUCCUGUCUGUGUGUGUGCGCGUAUGUCUACAAUUUGUGUAGCCGUUAGCGAUGAUGCUAAUGAUAACCUUCUGGUAGAGAUGGAAAGGCUUUUCAUACAGAAACAUUGCUAAACAUUAACAUUUUAUAUUAAAAAAGUGAGAUUUUAAGAGUGAAAACUGGGAAAAACUUAAAUAAUAAUAGAUUUUAUAGGGCCCUACAAGUCUCAAGUCUAGGCUUGGGGCUUUUGCCACCAAAACUGAAUUCCAAACAAACAUUGUCCCCUACCAACCAAACAUUCUCAAUUCUAAAAUUCUAAAACAUUUGAUAUGCUUGAUUGUGAUAUCAUCGUAUUCAAAUGCAAUUUGUAUUGUUUGAAUCAAAAUUGCCAUGGCAGUGAAAUAGAAUGGGCAUGGACUGUUUCAAAUCAAAAUAGAAUGGCUUGAGCUGCUAUCUUCGAUUAUGAUGUCUUAACAUUCUAACAUUACAAUUACAUUUGUCAUUACAGAGUUAUUACAGAUUUGUUUUCAUUUCAAGUUACCAUAUUUUAAAUAUAAUUCAAGAGUACAUACGGCAACAAAGAAUAUAUAUAUCUUGAAACAUGUUGUUUAUUCCAACACAAAUAAAAUGACUUGUUCUAAAAAACUAAACAAAAACAUCUGCGUUCUGCCAGAAUCUGUUUCCUUGAAAUGGUUCAACUGUACAUCCCCCCACUAGAAUCCCCAUACUUUAAUGAAGACAGCUUCUCCAUCCUGGAGGGGGAAAUCAAUCAUUUCCAUGCCCAGGGACAUGUACUAAUCUGUGGCAACCUAAAUGCCAGAACUGGACAAGAAUCUGACACCCUCAGCACAUGGGGACAAACACCUACCUGGAAGUGACAGCAUUCCCUCCUCCAUAUGCCCCUCUAGGCACAACUACGACAACAAAAACGGGUCACAACUCCUGCAGCUCUGUCGCAAGCUGGGUAUGUACAUAGUAAAUGGUAGGCUUCGAUGGGACUCCUAUGGUAGGUACACCUAUAGCUCAUCUCUUGGCAGUAGUACUGUAGACUACUUUCUCACUGACCUCAACCCAGAGUCUCUCAGGGCGUUCACAGUCAGCCCACUGUCACCCCUAUCAGAUCACAGCAAAAUCACAGUCUACUUGAACAGAGCAAUACUCAGUCAUGAGGCAUCAAAGCCAAAGGAACUGAAUAAUAUUAAGAAAUGCUAUAGAUGGAAGGAAAGUAGUGUGGAAACCUACCAAAAAACAAUUAGGCAACAACAAAUUCAAUCCCUUUUAGACAACUUCCUGGACAAAACGUUUCACUGUAAUAGUGAAGGUGUAAACUUGGUAGUAGAAAACCUAAACAGUAUUUUUGACCUCUCAGCUUUCCUAUCAAAUCUAAAAAUGUCAAGCAGAAAACCUAAGAAAAUUAACAACAAUGGUUUGAUGAAGAAUGUAAGAACCUAAGAAAGAAAUUAAGAAACCUAUCCAACCAAAAACAGAGACCCAGAAAACCUGAGCCUAUGCUAUGCCUUCACAAUGGUGAAUCACUAAAACAAAACAGAAAUACACUAUGGAAAAAGAAGGAACAGCACAUCAGAAAUCAGCUCAAUGUAAUUGAAGAAUCCAUAGACUCUAACCACUUAUGGGAAAAUUGGAAAACACUAAACAAACAACAACACAAAGAGUUAUCUAUCCAAAACGGAGAUGUAUGGAUAAACCACUUCUCCAAUCUUUUUGGCUCUUAUCAAAGAACAAACAGCAAAAACAUGUACAUGAUCAAAUACAAAUCUUAGAAUCAACUAUUAAAGACUACCAGAACCCACUGGAUUCUCCAAUUACAUUGAAUGAACUACAGGACAAAAUACAAACCCUCCAAUCCAAAAAGUCCUGUGGUGUUGAUGGUAUCCUAAAUGAAAUGAUAAAAUAUACAGACCACAAAUUCCAAUUGGCUAUACUUAAACUCUUUAACAUCAUCCUUAGCUCUGGCAUCUUCCCCAAUAUUUGGAACCAAGGACUGAUCACCCCAAUCCACAUAAGUGGGGAUAAAUUUGACACCAAUAACUACCGUGGGAUAUGCGUCAACAGCAACCUUGGGAAAAUCCUCUGCAUUAUCAUUAACAGCAGACUCGUACAUUUCCAAGUGUCAAAUUGGCAUUUUACCAUACGACAGACCACGUACUCACCCUGCACACCCUAAUUGAUCAAACAAACAAACCAAAACAAAGGCAAAGUCUUCUCAUUCUUUGUUGAUUUCAAAAAAGCUUUUGACUCAAUUUGGCAUGACCCACAUUUUGCUACAAAUUGAAGGAUAGUGGUGUUGGGGUAAAAACAUACAAUAUUAUAAAAUCCAUGUACACAAACAACAAGUGUGCAGUUAAAAUUGGCAAAAAACACACAUUUCUUUCCACAGGGCCUUGGGGUGAGACAGGGAUGCAGCUUAAGCCCCACCCUCUUCAACAUAUAUAUCAACGAAUUGGCAAGGGCACUAGAACAGUCUACAGCACCCGGCCUCACCCUACUAGAAUCUGAAGUCAAAUGUCUACUGUUUGCUGAUGAUCUGGUGCAUCUGUCCCCAACCAAGGAGGGCCUACAGCAGCACCUAGAUCUUCUGCACAGAUUCUGUGAGACCUGGGCCCUGACAGUAAAUCUCAGUAAGACAAAAAAAUUAUGGUGUUCCAAAAAAGGUCCAGUUGCCAGGACCACAAAUACAAAUUCCAUCUAGACACCGUUGCCCUAGAGCACACAAAAAACUAUACAUACCUCGGCCUAAACAUCAGCGCCACAGGUAACUUCCACAAAGCUGUGAACGAUCUGAGAGACAAGGCAAGAAGUGCCUUCUGUGCCAUCAAAAGGAACAUAAAAUUUGACAUACCAAUUAGGAUCUGGCAAAAAAAUAAUUGAAUCAGUUAUAGAACCCAUUGCCCUUUAUGGUUGUGAGGUCUGGGUUCCGCUCACCAUCUAAGAAGUCACACAAUGGGACAAACACCAAAUUGAGACUUUGCAUGCAGAAUUCUGCAAAACCCGCUAAUUAUCAAAAUCCAGAAAAGAGCCGUUAAUUUCUACAACCACCGAAAAGGAAGCGAUUCCCAAACCUUCCAUAACAAAGCCAUCACCUACAGAGAGAUGAGCCUGGAGAAGAGUCCCCUAAGCAAGCUGGUCCUAGGGCUCUGUUCACAAACACAAACAGACCCCACAGACCCCAGGACAGCAAUUAGACCUAACCAAAUCAUGAGAAAACAAAAAUAUAAUUACUUGACACAUUGGAAAGAAUUAACAAAAAAACCAGAGCUAUUUGGCCCUAAACAGAGAGUACACAGUGGCAGAAUACCUGACCACUGUGACUGACCCAAACAUAAGGAAAGCUUUGACUAUGUACAGACUCAGUGAGCAUAGCCUUUCCCCGGGCGCCGAUGACGUGGAUGUCAAUUAAGGUAGCCCCCCGCACCUCUCUGAUUCAGAGGGGUUGGGUUAAAUGAGGAAGACACAUUUCAGUUGAAUACAUUCAGUUGUACAACUGACUAGGUAUGCCCCUUUCCCUUUCCUUGCUAUUGAGAAAGGCCGCCGUAGGCAGACCUGGCUCUCAAGAGAAGACAGGCUAUGUGCACUCUGCCCACAAAAUGAGGUGGAAACUGAGCUGCACUUCCUAACCUCCUGCCAAACUCCCAUAUCUAUCGGGUGAAAUACCACAGUGUGCCAUCACAGCAACAAGAUUUGUGACCUGUUGCCACAAGAAAAGGGCAGUGAAGAACAAACACCAUUGUAAAUACAACUCAUAUAUAUGUUUAUUUUCCCUUUUGUACUUUAACCAUUUGCACAUAAUGACAUUUGAAAAGUAUUUUGAGAGUGUAAUGUUUACUGUAAUUUUUUUGAGAGAGAGAGAGAGAGAAGAGAGAGAGAGAGAGAGAGAGAGAGAGAGCGAGAGAGAGAGCGAGAGAGAGAGAGAGAGAGAGAGAGAGAGAGAGAGAGAGAGAGAGAGAGAGAGAGAGAGAGAGAGAGAGAGAAUUUUCUGUGAUGUUUAGUUUAUCUCUCUGUAGAUGACCGGUUCCCUCCAGAUGCUACAGUGGAGUUUAUCUUCUCCUACGGCCCAGAGAAAAUGAAAGGUACUGUUUGUAUGCGUUUUAACAUACUUGUUAUUGUUUGUAUACUGUAUGCCUGUGUAUACGUCUGUGCAGUCCAGAAGUGUGUGUUAUAUCUUACUUCUCUUUCUUCACAGGGCGAGAGUACCGUAAGAGCGACCCCUCUGUUACAGUGGACUACAACACUUCAGACCCUGUGGUGCGCUGGGACUCCUAUGAGAACUUCAACCUUCACCACCAGGAUAGCAUUGAGGGUAAGGGUGAAACACACGCGCACACACACACUUACAGACAAACAGACACCCAUACACACUAUAUCAUGCAUGCACAUACACACACACACACACACACACAAACACACACACACACAAACCUAUACCACCAGGACACCUCAGAGAGAACACACACACACUCACAGCUAACCCUGUAUCCCUCUCUAAUUGUCAGACAUCUCCCAUACGCGGGGCCCCCUGGAUGGCAGCCUGUACGCCCAGGUGAAGAAGCGUCGGGGCCCAGCAUGUGUCGGUGCCUCUGGGGCCUCUCCCAAUGGAUGCCCCUCAAGCAGCCCCACAGCCAAGCCCCAGGCCCAGCCUCAAACCCAGCCCCUGUCCCUCAGCUCCGACUCGGGGCACUCCUCCACCCCCAUCAGAACACCUGGAGGACCCCCCUCCUCGCCCCCUGUCCCGUCUGGAGAAAGAGAAGGAAGAGAUGGAUGGUCUUCUGAGGAGGGUAGAGGGGGAGGGCGGAGGAAGGGAAAGGGUGAGGCAGAGGGAGAGGGACAGGGAGACGGCCAUUUUGGAUGACGGAGAGUCUGUGCCGGACGGAGGGUCGAAGCGGGAGCAGCGGUCAUGUUGCAUUCAAGCGGGCCAUGGUCCAAGAUGUCAGAGGUGUGGGGAGGCACCGGGUUGGGAGAGGGCGAGAGAGAGGGAGCCAUGCCUUGCAAAUGGACAUUAUAUGGACCGCUGUAACAGAACCAAGGGGAAUCCAAAGAGCCGAACGCUACCCGCCUUACCCUCCCAGCUGCCCGCGUCUCCUCGCCCUCUCUCGCCCCACCUGAACUUGUGCCAUCGCCAUAGCGCCCAUCCCCUGCCCGAGUUGCCGUGGGAACACCCUCCACCCCCUUUACCCUGUCUCCAUCGUCCCUGCUACCCCUACCCUGCCCCUGAAAACGUCCACCCACACACCCACACCCUCCCGGCCUCCAAUAGGGUCUUCUGUGGCAGGGAGGAGUGUCAGCUCUUUCAUUACCCCGCCCACGCCCCCCUUUCCCCUCGUCUCUCCCACCAAUCGCUGCCCUCCAGUCCAUAUAGGGAGAUGUUUUACAGCCCGGCGGCUCCUCCUCCUGGUGGCUGCCCAUGUCAGGACUGCACCUGCAGGCGAGAGCACCAAUCGGCUUCAGCCAGAGCCUUCCACCCGCUGCGCCCGGACCAACCAGAGAGCCCACACUGGGCUCGAGGGCGGGACUCUGAGCUAUGGGACAGGGAGGCGGGGCUGAGGCGGGGGAGAGAGUGGCCUCCUCAACUUUGGAAGGCGGAGAAUCUGUGGGAUGCGGAGCGAAAGGCAGAGUUUUGGCAGCGGUCAGUGGGAGGGAUGUCGUCCUAUAGAGGCUAUCAGUCCCCUCUGGAUCAAGGUCACGACCCUUCUGUUUUCCUGCUGGGCCCUAACCUGCCUGGGUACCCCAGCCCCCACCCCCUCCUGGACAACCCCCGUGGUAGCAGUGGGUACCACACCCCUCAACCCCCCCUACACUCCUGCCCCUGCGAGCCCUACCAGCAGGCCUCCCCCUCAGAGAGCCACGGGAGCCGGGGGUACGCCUCGGGGUACCAGUCCGUGUCUGCCUCGCCCCUGCCCCCUGGUGGCCCAAACACUGGUGCCUCCCCCUCUGAACCACUCGCCGAUCGGCAGCAACAGACUGAUGGGCACAAUGGUAAGUGACGCAAUCUCGUACUGUAUUAUGCACAUGUUUACACUAGAUGGAUCAGAUCUAACUGGACCUUCUUUCUCUUACUCUCCCUCUCUCUUUCUCUAUCUCUCUCUUCUCUCUAGGUGUGUUAGAGGUGGUGCAGAACAGUGUGGGUAUGGAGGACUCUUCUUCCCAGGGGUCAUUGGGGCAAGCAGAGGUUGAUGGACAGCCCGCUUGCCCCACCCCCUUAUCAGACUCUGAUCCAGACUACACAGCUAUCACCAGCAGCCCUGCACACAGUGAAGACAGGUGGGUAACCCUCAGUCUCCUGUUAUGUGUCCAGGUGUUGGGUGAAGUUGCCUCUAGUUGCUGAUUUUGGGUCAGUUUUGCAUUUUCCCUACAAAGGCCAUACACAUUUGAUUUACUGUAUAACGGAUGCCCCGCUUCACAUUUCUCAAAAAAUCAACAACCAAAACAUUUUAUUUUACAUAUAUUCUUUAAAAAAACAUGUUUUGUAGAUACUUUAAGAUGAUUUGGGCAUUUAAUUUGUUCGACAUUGCAACUUAACCCUCCCGUUGUCCUAGGGUCAAAAUGACCCGCCACUGUGUUGAACCAACUUUAUUUAAUUUUUAUAUUUUUUGGAUCAUUUGUGAGAAGGAGGCAGUGAUACUUUCUUUAAAGUCUCACUGCCUCCUUCUCACAAAUGAUCCCAAAAAUAUAAAAAAUAAAUAAAGUUGGUUCAACACAGUGGCGGGUCAUUUUGACCCUAGGACAACGGGAGGGUUUAAUAGAUGCUAGUCAGCCUGCAGUGAACACUUACAUCUAAGCUAAGAUGAAUGACUAAACUACAGGCCUCCUGUAGCUCAGUUGGUAGAGCAUGGUGCUUGCAAUGCCAGGGUUGUGGGUUCGAUUCCCACGGGGGGGCAGUAUGAAAAAUGUAUGCACUCACUAACUGUAAGUCGCUCUGGAUAAGAGCGUCUGCUAAAUGACUCAAAUGUAAAAAAUGUAACUACAAUAGGUACAUUUCCUGAAGAAAAUGUGUGUGCUUGCUUCAGCUGUCUAAAGAAAAUAACUGAUAAAUAUAUACAGUGGGGAAAAAAAGUAUUUAGUCAGCCACCAAUUGUGCAAGUUCUCCCACUUAAAAAGAUGAGAGAGGCCUGUAAUUUUCAUCAUAGGUACACGUCAACUAUGACAGACAAAUUGAGAAAAAAAAUUCCAGAAAAUCCCAUUGUAGGAUUUUUAAUGAAUUUAUUUGCAAAUUAUGGUGGAAAAUAAGUAUUUGGUCACCUACAAACAAGCAAGAUUUCUGGCUCUCACAGACCUGUAACUUCUUCUUUAAGAGGCUCCUCUGUCCUCCACUCGUUACCUGUAUUAAUGGCACCUGUUUGAACUUGUUAUCAGUAUAUAAGACACCUGUCCACAACCUCAAACAGUCACACUCCAAACUCCACAAUGGCCAAGACCAAAGAGCUGUCAAAGGACACCAAAAACAAAAUUGUAGACCUGCACCAGGCUGGGAAGACUGAAUCUGCAAUAGGUAAGCAGCUUGGUUUGAAGAAAUCAACUGUGGGAGCAAUUAUUAGGAAAUGGAAGACAUACAAGACCACUGAUAAUCUAUCUCGAUCUGGGGCUCCACGCAAGAUCUCACCCCGUGGGGUCAAAAUGAUCACAAGAACGGUGAGCAAAAAUCCCAGAACCACACGGGGGGACCUAGUGAAUGACCUGCAGAGAGCUGGGACCAAAGUAACAAAGCCUACCAUCAGUAACACACUACGCCGCCAGGGACUCAAAUCCUGCAGUGCGAGACGUGUCCCCCUGCUUAAGCCAGUACAUGUCCAGGCCCGUCUGAAGUGCAUUUGGAUGAUCCAGAAGAGGAUUGGGAGAAUGUCAUACGGUCAGAUGAAACCAAAAUAUAACUUUUAGGUAAAAACUCAACUCGUCAUGUUUGGAGGACAAAGAAUGCUGAGUUGCAUCCAAAGAACACCAUACCUACUGUGAAGCAUGGGGUUGGAAACAUCAUGCUUUGGGGCUGUUUUUCUGCAAAGAGACCAGGACGACUAAUCCGUGUAAAGGAAAGAAUGAAUGGGGCCAUGUAUCGUGAGAUUUUGAGUGAAAUCCUCCUUCCAUCAGCAAGGGCAUUGAAGAUGAAACGUGGCUGGGUCUUUCAGCAUGACAAUGAUCCCAAACACACCGCCCGGGCAACGAAGGAGUGGCUUCGUAAGAAGCAUUUCAAGGUCCUGGUGUGGCCUAGCCAGUCUCCAGAUCUCAACCCCAUAGAAAAUCUUUGGAGGGAGUUGAAAGUCUGUGUUGCCCAGUGACAGCCCCAAAACAUCACUGCUCUAGAGGAGAUCUGCAUGGAGGAAUGGGCCAAAAUACCAGCAACAGUGUGUGAAAACCUUGUGAAGACUUACAGAAAACGUUUGACCUGUGUCAUUGCCAACAAAGGGUAUAAAACAAAGUUUUGAGAAACUUUUGUUAUUGACCAAAUACUUAUUUUCCACCAUCAUAUGCCAAUAAAUUCAUAAAAAAUCCUACAAUGUGAUUUUCUGGAUGUUUUUUUCUCAUUUUGUCUGUCAUAGUUGACGUGUAUCUAUGAUGAAAAUUACAGGCCUCUCUCAUCUUUUUAAGUGGGAGAACUUGCACAAUUGGUGGCUGACUAAAUACUUUUUUUCCCCACUGUAACGGAAAAGUGGUGCGUGCAUAUGUAUUCACCCCCUUUGCUAUGAAGCCCCUAAAUAAGAUCUGGUGAAACCAAUUACCUUCAGAACUCACAUAAUUAGUUAAAUAAAGUCCACCUGUGUGCAAUCUAAGUGUCACAUGAUCUGUCACAUGAUCUCAGUAUAUAUACACCUGUUCUGAAAGGCCCCAGAGUCUGCAACACUACUAAGCAAGGGGCACCAUCAAGCAAGCGGCACCAUGAAGACCAAGGAGCACUCCAAACAGGUCAGGGUUGGGUUAUACAAAAAUAUCAGAAACUUUGAACAUCCCACGGAGCACCAUUCAAAUCCGUUAUUAAAAAUUGGAAAGAAUAUGGCACCACAACAAACCUGCCAAGAGACGGCCACCCACCAAAACUCACGGACCAGGCAAGGAGGGCAUUAAUCAGAGAGACAACAAAGAGACCAAGGAUAACCCUGAAGGAGCUGCAAAGCUCCACAGCGGAGAUUGGAGUAUCUGUCCAUAGGACCACUUUAAGCCUUAUUCUUCACAGAGCUGGGCACAUGCCUUUGGUGAACAAAGCUUAUUUUUUUCUUUAAGCAAUGGCUUUUUUCUGGCCACUCUUCCGUAAAUUGCUUAAAGAAAAAAAUAAGCUUUGUUCACCAAAGGCAUGUGGGAGACUCCCCAAACAUAUGGAAGAAGGUACUCUGGUCAGAUGAGACUAAAAUUGAGCUUUUUGGCCAUUAAGGAAAACGUUAUGUCUGGCGCAAACCCAACACCUCUCAUCACCCUGAAAACACCAUCCCCACAGUGAGCAUGGUGGUGGCAGCAUCAUGCUGUGGGGAUGUUUUUCAUCGGCAGGGACUGGGAAACUGGUCAGAAUUGAAGGAAUGAUGGAUGGCGCUAAAUACAGGGAAAUUCUUGAGGGAAACCUGUUUCAGUCUUCCAGAGAUUUGAGACUGGGACGGAGGUUCACCUUCCAGCAGGACAAUGACCCUAAACACACUGCUAAAGCAACACUCGAGUGGUUUAAGGGGAAACAUUUAAAUGUCUUGGAAUGGCCUAGUCAAAGCCCAGACCUCAAUCCAAUUGAGAAUCUGUGGUAUGACUUUAAGAUUGCUGUUUUGCCUUGAAGAAUGGGCAAACAUCCCAGUGGCUAGAUGUGCCAAGCUUAUAGAGACAUACCCCAAGAGACUUGCUGCUGUAAUUGCUGCAAAAGGUGGCUCUACAAAAUAAUGACUUUGGGGGGGUGAAUAGUUAUGCACGCUCAAGUUCUGUUUUUUUGUCUUAUUUCUUGUUUGUUUCACAAUAGAAAAUAUUUUGCAUCUUCAAAGUGGUAGGCAUGUUGUGUAAAUCAAAUGAUACAACCCCCCCCCCAAAAUCCAUUUUAAUUCCAGGUUGUAAGGCAACAAAAUAGGAAAAAUGACAAGGGGGGUGAAUACUCUCGCAAGCCACUGUAUCACAAAACACAUUUUUGUAUUUACAAAUACUAUGUUUCCCUGUAUUGUUGGCAUUUCCCUCUACUGUGUCAUCACCUACCUCUUCUAUGUUGUCUUUGGUACACUGAGUAGAAACUAACAUUCUAAUGUAUCUGCUCUAGUGAGAAGAAGCCAGAUGAAGACAAGAUGUGUGACCCCACCGAGGGUUCCACCUGGAGUCCUCCAGCAGGCCCCCAGGAGCCCCAGGAGCCAAGUCAAGGGCCCCAGCAGAUAGAGUCCUUCAGUGGGGCCCCAGUGUCUGAAGCCUCACCCUCCCACUCCACCAUGCAGGAGCCUAACACCAACAGCAACAGUAGCACGCCAGAAACCGAAUGGACUCUGCCGAAUGGACACUCCACGACACCACCAAAGUUGGCGGAGACACAAAACCAAGAUGACAUCUCUUCUUCUGAAGAGACCGUACAGAUGCCGAAUGAACGCGUAAACCCUACUGGCUCAACCCAAGUGCACACUGUAAGUGUAAGUGUGCAUCCACCUCCAACUACAGCUGAAGAUGGAGAAUUGAAGGUCGUAGAGAGUGUAACAGAGGGGUCUAGCGGAACUGAGAUGUCCACUCCGGCCGCCUCUGUCCCGAACCCAAGGCAUUCAUUCGUCCCAGUCCAAGUGCAACUCAAUGGCACCGCCCUUCCCAGUGACUCCCCCCAGUCAGAAAAAGGCAGUGGCACAUCCCUGACCCCUUGUUCCAGCCCCAGCUCCGCCCCUACCUCUCUGCACCUUUACAUUGGCUCCCCAGAGCGAUGCCCCUCCCCUCAGCUCUCUCCAUUGGACACGGACCCAGCUGGGCGAAGACUGACCCCUGUGAGUGACAGCGACCACAAACCCCCGUCGCCUGUCCCAGAUGGGUACAACACCCCCACCUUUCCCCUGGCGUCCUAUUACUACCCUCUACUCAACGUGCCCCACGUCCCCUACUCAGGCUACAGCGCCGUCACCAUCCCCGCCACCCAGCCCCCACUCCCCGAAAAGAGGCACCUGUCCUCAAUGCCAGGGUCCCCCAACGGGUACGGCUCCCAGUCUCUUCUUAGGGCCUCCCUGGGUGCCAUAGGACCUAUGGGUCUCUCUCCCCAGUCCAGCCUCCUCCAGGUCACCUUCUCACCCCCGGUGAGGGAGCUCCCCCCGUCUAUCAGACGAGGACUGGCGCCCCCUGGUGUCAGAGAGGAGGUGGUGGAGAGCAGUAAGGUCAAUGCCAAGUUUGUCCAGGACAGCUCCAAGUUCUGGUACAAGCCUAGCAUCUCAAGAGACCAAGGUAAGGGUGCAGGCCUCUACUGAGAUUUUGAAGGGUUCUCACUUUAUGUGGAUAGUCCCCCACAUAUGAUCUAGUGUCAACUGCAACUUUGUUUAUAUGCAAACAUCUGGUACUAUAUUAUCUUGAGUUGAGAAACACUGUUGUAGUGUAUAUUUUCUAAAUGAAAGUCUUAGUAACUCAUUUCUUCCAUGAUACGUGUUUCUUCUCCCUCCAUGUAGCCAUCGCUGUGUUGAAGGACAAGGAGCCGGGGUCCUUCCUGAUCCGGGACAGUAGCUCCUUCCAAGGGGCCUACGGCCUGGCCCUCAAGGUGGCCAGCCAUCCUUCAAACAACGUCAACAACGCUUGUAGUAAAGGUAACGGCAGUGACAGAUUCAAUUCAAUUAAUAUUUAUGCUCCCAAAAGGCAAAGGCCAUGGUUUUGGUUCAUGUAACAGUUUACUAACUUUACUGUUUUGCUUUAUCAUAAUUUCAUUUUUGUUGGAAGAUUAAGCUAAAGAAAGGGUGAGCGUUCUUAUUUGGCAAUGCCUGUUGUGCACUACUUAUGAACAGUUCACUACUAUGACCAGCGUAGUUGUUGUUGAUACUAUGGCAACUACAACUAGCUAGCAUUCAUUGAGGUCUACCUCUCUCUCUUCUCGUUCUCUCUCUCUCUCUCCCUUCCUCUCUCCUUUUCUCUGUCUGUCUCAGUGGAUUCUCAGGAGCAGCUGGUCAGACAUUUCCUCAUAGAGACGGGCUCGCGGGGGGUCAAGAUAAAGGGCUGUCAGAACGAGUCCUAUUUCGGUGAGUCCUAUUUCCGUCCUUCAGAUGUCGCUGUUGGCCUCACAUUUACGUCUAUCAUUGCUCUAAUACCCUUUUCACACUAUCGUACACCGCAGACCCAAACCGUAGACCUACUGUGCUGGCUCAGAUAUUUUUCAGUUGACAUUGUCUUCACAGCACAAUUCCAGCAACUAUGGUGGAUGCGUAACCAGGCCAGCGCUGUACAACUAUACUCGACUCAGUAGUGUGAAAAUGGUGACUUCCCUUCCUCGCCUCCUCUCCUUCACCUGUGCUGAUCUGAUAUGCGUCUGUGUUUUAGGAAGUUUAACUGCCUUGGUGUACCAGCACUCCAUCACUCCUAUCUCCCUGCCAUGUGCCCUGUGCAUCCCAGAGAAAGGUAAAUCCCUCAAAUACAUUACUUUUAAUCGAACAAUAUGCGGCAGAUACUACGUGUGUAUCAAUAGCGCAUAGGCUAUAUAUGUGCACUACAUAAUAUACAAUGUAUAUUUACAUUAGAAAGAGUGUAUGGGGUGCAUGUGAAGUGUGUAUUGGGAGUGUGUUGUGUGUUUGUGUUGUGUAUAUACACAGUGUUUGCAUGGUUUAAAGGUGAGUCAUGGGAAGAUGUUGUCCUAACGUUGUCACUGUGUUCCAGAUCUGGUUGGAGAGCUGCAGGAGAUUCAUAGUGCCAGCAACACCAGUACUGCAGCGGACCUCCUCAAACAGGGCGCAGGUAAGAGAGAGUUCAAACUUGAAAUGUCAAAUACAGCUGCAAUGCAGGCUUUGGCCAGUAGUGGUACCUGAAUCACCACAGAGAGAUAGGAAAACAUCGUGGAAUGCUAGCAUGAUUUAGCAAAUAUAGUCACCCCAUUUACAUCAAUCCACACUCACUGUCUAUCAUUGCAUGAAGCUCGGCAAGAUCAUCUCAAGUUAGGUUUGCCUUGUGUAGGUGUGACAUGACCCAAUUCCAUCUCUAAAUACUGCUCAUGUUAAUCCAUGGAAAUCCAUCAUUCCAAAUCUCCCUCCCUCCCUCCCUCCCUCCCUCCCUCCCUGACCACCUCUCCCUCACUCCAUCUCUCUCUCGAUCCCCCUCUCUUUCUCUCUAUCCCUCCCUCUCUCUCUCCAUCCAUCCCUCCCUCUCUCUCUCCAUCCCUCCCUCCCUCCCUCUCUCUCUCCAUCCCUCCCUCCCUCCAGCCUGUAAUGUACUCUACUUGAACUCUGUGGAGACAGAGUCACUGACGGGGCCUCAGGCUGUCUCCAAGGCGACCAGGUGCACUCUGACCCAGAGUCCUCGGCCCACCGCCUCUGUGGUCCACUUCAAAGUAUCCACUCAGGGCAUCACGCUGACUGACAGCCAGAGAAGGUGUGUACUACCUGGGUUAGGAUUAGGCCUACACCUAACCUAGUCUGUUUUAGAUCCAAAAUCAAAUGCUUUCUAAACAAAAGGUGUAGAAUAACAGUGAAAUGCUUACUUACCCAGCAAUGCAGAGAUUUCCUGUUGUUGAAAUAAUAGAAAAAUAGUAAAAGAAUAACACAAGGAAUAAAUGCACAAUGAGUAACGCUAACUUUGCUAUAUACACAGUGUACCAGUACCGAGUCCAUGUGCAGGGGUACGAAGUAAUUGAGGUAGAUAUGUACAUACACUACAUGACCAGAAGUAUGUGGACACUUGCUCGUCAAACAUCUCAUUCCACAAUCAUGGGCAUUAAUAUGGAGUUGGUCCCCUCUUUGCUGCUAUAACAGCCUCCACUCUUCUGGGAAGGCUUUUCACUAGAUGUUAGAACAUUGCUGCGGGGACUUGCUUCCAUUCACCCACAACAGCAUUAGUGAGGUUGGGCAAUGAUAUUGGGUAAUUGGGCCUGGCUCGCAGGCGGCAUUCCAAUUCAUCCCAAAGGUGUUGAGGUCAGGACAGUCAAGUUCUUCCACACCGAACUCGACAAACCAUUUCUGUAUGGACCUGUCAUGCUGAAACAGGAAAGGGCCUUCCCAAAACUGUUGCCACAAAGUUGGAAGCACAGAAUCAUCUAGAAUGUCACUGUACGCUGUAGCGUUCUCCCUUCACUAGAACUAAGGAGCCUAGUACGAACCAUGAAAAACAGCCCCAGACCAUUAUUCCUCCUCCACCAAACUUUACAGUUGGCACUAUGCAUUCUGGCAGGUAGUGUUCUCCUGGCAUCCGCCAAACCCAGAUUCGUCCGUUCGACUGCCAGAUGGUGAAGCUUGAUUCAUCACGCCAGAGAACGCGUGUCCACUGCUCCAGAGUCCAAUGGCAGGGAGCUUUACACCACUCCAGCCGAUGCUUGGAAUUGCGCAUGGUGAUCUUAGGCUGCUCGGCCAUGGAAACCCAUUUCAUGAAGCUCCCGACGAACAGUUCUUGUGCUGACGUUAAUCCAGAGGCAGUUUGGAACUCGGUAGUGAGUGUUGCAACCGAGGACAGACGAUUUUUACGUGCUAUGCGCUUCAACACUCGGCGGUCCCGUUCUAUGAGCUUGUGUGGCCUACCACUUCGCACCUGAGUUGUUGUUGCUCCUAGACAUUUCCACUUCAAAAUAACAGCACUUACCGUUGACCGGGGCAGCUCUAACAGGGCAGAAAUAUGAUUAACUGACUUGUUGGAAAGGUGGCAUCCUAUGACGGUACCACAUUGAAAGUCACUGAGCUCUUCAGUAAGGCUAUUCUACUGCCAAUGUUUGUCUAUGGAGAUUGCAUGGCUGUGUGCUCGAUUUUAUACACCUGACAGCAACUGGAGUUGCUGAAAUAGCCGAAUCCACUAAUUUGAAGGGGUGUCCACAUACUUUUGUAAAUAUAGUGUAUACAGUGGCUUGCGAAAGUAUUUACCCCCCUUGGCAUUUUUCCUAUUUUGUUCCCACGGGGGGCCAGUAUGAAAAAAUGUAUGCACUCACUAACUGUAAGUCACUCUGGAAAAGAGCGUCUGCUAAAUUACUGAAAUGAUAAUUAUUCACCCCCCCCAAAGUCAAUACUUUGUAGAGCCACCUUUUGCAGCAAUUACAGCUGCAAGUCUCUUGGGGUAUGUCUCUAUAAGCUUGGCACAUCUAGCCACUGCGAUUAUUGCCCAUUCUUCAAGGCAAAACUGCUCCAGCUCCUUCAAGUUGGAUGGGUUCCGCUGGUGUACAGCAAUCUUUAAGUCAUACCACAGAUUCUCAAUUGGAUUGAGGUCUGGGCUCUGACUAGGCCAUUCCAAGACAUUUAAAUGUUUCCCCUUAAACCACUCGAGUGUUGCUUUAGCAGUAUGCUUAGGGUCAUUGUCCUGCUGGAAGGUGAACCAGUCCAAUUGAAGUGGGUCUAGGGUGACAGGUAAGGUAGAGGUGAUAUGAUCCUUGACUAGUCUCUCAAAGCACUUCAUGAUGACAGAGGUGAGUGCUACAAGGCGAUAGUCAUUUAGUUCAGUUACCUUUGCUUUCUUGGCUACAGGAACAAUGGUGGCCAUCUUGAAGCAUGUGGGAACAGCAGACUGGGAAAGGGAGAGAUUGAAUAUGUCCAUAAACACACCAGCCAGCUGGUCUGCCCAUGCUCUGAGGACGCGGCUAGGGACGCCGUCUGGGCCGGCAGCCUUGCGGGGGUUAACAUGCUUAAAUGUCUUAAUCACGUCGGCCACGGAGAAGGAGAGGCCACAGUCCUUGGUAGUGGGCCUCGUCAGUGGCACUGUGUUAUCCUCAAAGCGAACGAAGAGAUGUUUAGCUUGUCUGGAAGCGAGACGUCGGUGUCGGCGACCUGGCUGGUUUUCCUUUUGUAGUCCGUGAUUGUCUGUAGAUCCUGCCACAUACGUCUCGUGUCUAAGCCGUUGAAUUGCGACUCCACUUUGUCUCUAUACUGAUGUUUUGCCAGUUUAAUUGCCUUGCGGAGUGAGUAGCUACACUGUUUGUAUUCUGCCAUAUUCCCAGUCACCUUGCCAUGGUUGAAUGUGGUGGUUCGCGCUUUCAGAUUGGCGCGAAUUCUGCCAUCUAUCCACGGUUUCUGGUUAGGGUAGGUUUUAAAAGUCACAGUGGGCACAACAUCACCUAUACACUUCCUGAUAAACUCAGUCACCGUUUCAGUGUAUUCGUCUAAAUUAUUUUCGGAAGCUACCCGGAACAUAUCCCAGUCCGUGUGAUCAAAACAAUCUUGAAGCGUGGAUUCCGAUUGGUCAGAACAGCGUUGAAUAGUCCUUAGCACGGGUAUAUACUGCCUAUAGGAAGGGAGGAGCAAAAUGGAGUCGUGGUCAGAUUUGCCGAAAGAAGGGCGGGGGAGGGCCUUAUAACCAUCCCGGAAGUUCGAAUAGCAAUGGUCGAGGAUUUUGGCAGCCCGAGUACAACAGUCGAUAUGUUGAUGAACUUCGGCAGCCUAGUCCUCAAAUUUGGUUUGUUAAAAUCCCCGGCUACAAUAAAUGCAGCCUCGGGAUAUGUGGUUUCCAGUUUGCAUAAAGUCCAGUGAAGUUCUUUGAGGGCCGUCAGGGUAUCGGCUUGAGGGGGGAUAUACAAGGCCGUGACUAUAACCGAAGAAAAUUAUCUUGGGAGAUAAUACGGUCGGCAUUUGAUUGUGAGGAGCGCCACCUCUGGGUGAGCAUUUUCUUCUUUGCUUCUGGCCCUAUACAGCUCAUUGAGUGCGGUCUUGGUGCCAGCAUCGGUUUGUGGUUUUGAUGGUGGAAACAUUAUGUACAAAAAAAGGUUCAGAUCAGCACAAAAUAAAUACACAAAAUAGCACAAUUGGUCAGGAGCCUGUAAAACGGUCGCUAUUCCCUCCAGCGCCAUUCCAGUUCCUAUGGCUAUCAUAUGUACAGUGGGGAAAAAAAGUAUUUAGUCAGCCACCAAUUGUGCAAGUUCUCCCACUUAAAAAGAUGAGAGAGGCCUGUAAUUUUCAUCAUAGGUACACGUCAACUAUGACAGACAAAAUGAGAAAAAAAAUCCAGAAAAUCACAUUGUAGGAUUUUUUAUGAAUUUAUUUGCAAAUUAUGGUGGAAAAUAAGUAUUUGGUCAAUAACAAAAGUUUCUCAAUACUUUGUUAUAUACCCUUUGUUGGCAAUGACACAGGUCAAACGUUUUCUGUAAGUCUUCACAAGGUUUUCACACACUGUUGCUGGUAUUUUGGCCCAUUCCUCCAUGCAGAUCUCCUCUAGAGCAGUGAUGUUUUGGGGCUGUCGCUGGACAACACGGACUUUCAACUCCCUCCAAAGAUUUUCUAUGGGGUUGAGAUCUGGAGACUGGCUAGGCCACUCCAGGACCUUGAAAUGCUUCUUACGAAGCCACUCCUUCGUUGCCCGGGCGGUGUGUUUGGGAUCAUUGUCAUGCUGAAAGACCCAGCCAUGUUUCAUCUUCAAUGCCCUUGCUGAUGGAAGGAGGUUUUCACUCAAAAUCUCACGAUACAUGGCCCCAUUCAUUCUUUCCUUUACACGGAUCAGUCGUCCUGGUCCCUUUGCAGAAAAACAGCCCCAAAGCAUGAUGUUUCCACCCCCAUGCUUCACAGUAGGUAUGGUGUUCUUUGGAUGCAAUUCAGCAUUCUUUGUCCUCCAAACACGACGAGUUGAGUUUUUACCAAAAAGUUAUAUUUUGGUUUCAUCUGACCAUAUGACAUUCUCCCAAUCCUCUUCUGGAUCACCCAAAUGCACUCUAGCAAACUUCAGACGGGCCUGGACAUGUACUGGCUGGCACUGCAGGAUUUGAGUCCCUGGCGGCGUAGUGUGUUACUGAUAGUAGGCUUUGUUACUUUGGUCCCAGCUCUCUGCAGGUCAUUUACUAGGUCCCCCCGUGUGGUUCUCUGAUUUUUGCUCACCGUUCUUGUGAUCAUUUUGACCCCACGGGGUGAGAUCUUGCGUGGAGCCCCAGAUCGAGGGAGAUUAUCAGUGGUCUUGUGUGUCUUCCAUUUCCUAAUAAUUGCUCCCAGAGUUGAUUUCUUCAAACCAAGCUGCUUACCUAUUGCAGAUUCAGUCUUCCCAGCCUGGUGCAGGUCUACAAUUUUGUUUCUGGUGUCCUUUGACAGCUCUUUGGUCUUGGCCAUAGUGGAGUUUGGAGUGUGACUGUUUGAGGUUGUGGACAGGUGUCUUUUUAUACUGAUAACAAGUUCAAACAGGUGCCAUUAAUACAGGUAACGAGUGGAGGACAGAGGAGCCUCUUAAAGAAGAAGUUACAGGUCUGUGAGAGACAGAAAUCUUGCUUGUUUGUAGGUGACCAAAUACUUAUUUUCCACCAUAAUUUGCAAAUAAAUUCAUUAAAAAUCCUACAAUGUGAUUUUCUGGAUUUUUUUUUCUCAAUUUGUCUGUCAUAGUUGACGUGUACCUAUGAUGCAAAUUACAGGCCUCUCUCAUCUUUUUAAGUGGGAGAACUUGCACAAUUGGUGGCUGACUAAAUACUUUUUUUCCCCACUGUAGAUAGAUGUCUUGAUUCCAGUGUUUCAAAUCUUAUCCAACUUUUUAAAAGUUAAAACUAUUUGAAGGGAUUUUAAAUAUACAGUAUCAAUAUACUUUUACAUGAAAUUUUUGUAUCAUUCUUUGAGUCUACAGAAUAACUUAUGUUUAUCAUUGCUGGCACCUAUUCUCAUAACUAACCAAAUUCUUAUAUUCUUUAUUUUUAAUGGAACUUAAACCUCAGUAGAGCUAUCUUUUUGUUUAGGGAUACACACUAUCAUCCUCUGACUGUUUUUUCCCCGUCUCCUUUUACCCACCUUUCAUCCUCUCCUAUCUUUUCCUCAGACUCUUUUUCAGGAGACACUACCCCAUCAACAGUGUGACCUUCAGCAGCGUGGAUCCUCAGGACCAGAGGUGGGCCCAACGUCAGGCAAACGUUAGAGUAACCUUUAGACAACACAUGGAACGAUAGGUUCUGACACUCUAGCUUUAUGUCAAUAUGCAACCACUGUCACAGACCGUGUUUCUAUGUGAAUACCACCGAAUGAACAGUGAAAAAUUAUGUGUUGAGCAAAUACAGACCAUAAGGGUCUUUAACUAUGUAGUGAUGUUGACCUUGUGUUUUGUCAUUGCUAAACACUGCUUCAUUUGGUACACAUAUAUUGCAUUGUGGUUUAGGGUUGGGGUCAAUUCAUCUCGUUCAAUGUUAUUUCAAAUCGAAUUGAUCCCAACCCUGUUGUGGCUAAAUGUGGUAGGGUUAAUAACUGUAUUAACCCUGUAUUGCACUAUUAUGGCUGAACACUGUUACAGCUAGAAGGUUGAAUGUUUCUAAAUACUGGUACAGUAUAAACCUCUUUGUGUAGUGUGCAACUAUAGUACAACAGCUGUGACUGUAUGACUGCUCUUCUUGGUCUAUUUGAGAAGCUCUAUCUGUCUCAUCCUUCAUGUGAUUCUCUAAGCCUUGUCUUUAUGUCCCUGUCUGUCUGCCUGUCUGUCUGCUUCAGGUGGACUAAUUCUGAUAAGUCAAGCAAGUAAGUGCUUGUGUGUGUCUCUGCUUGUGUCUGUGUGUGUGGAUAGCAUUAUGUGUGUGCAUGGCAAUUUAUCAUACUGUACUCCUCUUUUAUAAAAUAUUACUUUUAUCAAAUUGAUUCUUACAUUUAAUGAUCCUUAAAAGAUAAGUUAAUAUAAGUCAAGUGAUGUUUCUUCUCAUACAGUGGCUUGCGAAAGUAUUCACCCCCCUUGGCAUUUUCCUAUUUUGUUGCCUUACAACCUGGAAUUAAAAUAGAUUUUUUGGGGGGUGGGUUGUAUCAUUUGAUUUACACAACAUGCCUACCACUUUGAAGAUGCAAAAUAUUUUUUCUUGUGAAACAAACAACAAACAAGAAAUAAGACCAAAAAAAACAGAACUUGAGCAUGCUUAACUAUUCACCCCCCCAAAGUCAAUACUUUGUAGAGCCCCUUAAACCACUCAAGUGUUGCUUUAGCAGUAUGCUUAGGGUCAUUGUCCUGCUGGAAGGUGAACCUCUGUCCCAGUCUCAAAUCUCUGGAAGACUGAAACAGGUUUCCCUCAAGAAUUUCCCUGUAUUUAGCGCCAUCCAUCAUUCCUUGAAUUCUGACCGGUUUCCCAGUCCCUGCCGAUGAAAAACAUGGUGUUCUCGGGGUGAUGGGAGGUGUUGGGUUUGCGCCAGACAUAGCGUUUUCCUUGAUGGCCAAAAAGCUCAAUUUUAGUCUCAUCUGACCAGAGUACCUUCUUCCAUAUGUUUUGGGAGUCUCCCACAUGCCUUUUGGUGAAGACCAAACGUGUUUGCUUAUUUUUUUCUUUAAGCAAUGGCUUUUUUUCUGGCCACUCUUCCGUAAAGCCCAGCUCUGUGGAGUGUAUGGCUUAAAGUUGUCCUAUGGACAGAUACUCCAAUCUCUGCUGUGGAGCUUUGCAGCUCCUUCAGGGUUAUCUUUGGUCUCUUUGUUGCCUCUCUGAUUAAUGCCCUUCUUGCCUGGUCUGUGAGUUUUGGUGGGCGGCCCUCUCUUGGCAGGUUUGCUGUGGUGCCAAAUUCUUUCAAUUUUUUAUAAUGGAUUUAAUGGUGCUCCGUGGGAUGUUUAUUUUUUUUAUAACCCAACCCUGAUCUGUACUUCUCCACAACUUUGUCCCUGACCUGUUUGGAGAGCUCCUUGGUCUUCAUGGUGCCGCUUGCUUGGUGGUGCCCCUUGCUUAGUGGUGUUGCAGACUCUGGGGCCUUUCAGAACAGGUGUAUAUAUAUAUAUAUAUAUAUAUAUAUAUAUACUGAGAUCAUGUGACACUUAGAUUGCACACAUGUCAACUUUAUUUAACUAAUUAUGUGACUUCUGGAGGUAAUUGGUUGCACCAGAUCUUAUUUAGGGGCUUCAUAGCAAAGGGGGUGAAUACAUAUGCACGCACCACUUUUCCGUUAUUUAUUUUGUGUAAUUUUUUUAAACAAGUAAUUUUUUUCAUUUCACUUCACCAAUUUGGACUAUUUUGUGUAUGUCCAUUACAUGAAAUCCAAAUAAAAAUCCAUUUAAAUUACAGGUUGUAAUGCAACAAAAUAGGAAAAACGCCAAGGGGGAUGAAUACUUUUGCAAGGCACUGUAUCUGUGAUUCUCAUUAGAAGAACACACUGAGCGCACUGAAAAAUGAACUAUUUUCUACAUUCAUAGAUCUAAAAACAACAACCACAAAACCUAUUCUCUUUGAUUCACCCGUCUGUUAAUCUAAUCUCCCACUCCAUCCUUUUUCUGGUCCCCUUCAUCACCUCCUCUCACACCCCCCCCCCCCCCCCCCCCCCCCCCCCCCCACCACCCCCAUCAUCCCUCUCUCCUGUAGGGUGUUUGGUUUUGUGGCCAGGCGGACGGGCAGCACAUCGGAGAACGUGUGUCACCUGUUUGCUGAGAUGGACCCGGAGCAGCCAGCUGUGGCCAUCGUCAACUUUAUCAACAAGGUCAUGCUGGGGCCCCAGCAGCAACGCAGAUGAGCUAGGGUCCCCAGAGCAAGGGCCACAACAGGGGAUAACAGUGUGUGGGUCACAAUGUGAAAAUUGGUGGGUUUGGGUGGGCGAUAAUUGGUGGGUAUGUGUGUCUGCAAAUUGGUCGGUGUGUUUGUGUGUACAAAGUGGUGGGUGUGGGUCUGCAAAUUGGUUUGUGUGUGUGUGUGCAUGUUUGAAGAUAGCUGUCCGCUGAUCCAAGAGAGGAACCGGAUUGAACAGGAAUUAUGUCCAUCUGGACGGUACAUUAGAAAGGUUAGAGAACAUAUUUUGAGGUGAUAGCGUUAAGCUUUUCCUCUACGGUUGAGUGAGUCAAUUAACACCACCUCUGCUGGGUGAGAUUUCUAUUAUAUAUUUUUUGUCCAUUCAGUACUGUUUGCCAUCACCUUUCAUUUAAUCAUAUUGUUUAUUACUAUGUAUGUGUAAUUGUAAAUAGGCAAGCCUUAUAAAAAGCCUAUACAAUGUCAAUGACUACCCAGUUUGCACACAAGCAGAUAUGGAAAAUCACUUUUUAUUGGUCAGUAUUAUGUUACCCAAUUUCUGUAUAGUCAACCUCUUUGACGAGUUGGACAAAACAGCACAGAAGGUGGUUAUACAGUAAAUGUAUGUGUGAGUGUAAUGGAAUGUCAGAAAUGGAAUCGGAUUGGGAGUCAUUUUAUUGCAUUUACAGUUAAACUGGAAUGGCAGCAUAUCCUGGGUCGUGUUCAUUAUGUACGAAACGUACUGAAACAAAGGAUAACCUGGACUUGCUCAUUUUCUGUUGCGAAACCUUUUUUAAAUGUUUUCCCUUGCGUGCCCUAAUGAACAUGACCAUGGUCUUUUUUUUGUUUUUUCUAUCAUGCCAGUACUGAGGUGGUUACAUUGGGCUGACAUGCCAAAGAGAGUAAAAGCAAGUGAUCCCAUGGAGAGCUAUUUGAAGAGUUGAUUAAAUGCUAUAUUGAUACGAUGAACUGUGACGUUUGAAAUCAGUUUAAAUUUACACACAAUAUCCCAAAGCAUAUUUUCCAAACCAUAUAAGAACUUUCCUACACAAUGUUUAUGUACGUUAUGCACUUCAAUGUACCAAUUAAUAACUGUGAGCGUAGCUCACCAUGUCCCAAGUGAUAUGGGUCUUGCAUUGAGAAUCAGAAAAUAAUCGUGUUUUUCCCCCUAAAACGUAUUUUUCAUAUGAUAUCAAAAUAUAUUUCAUACUGUAUGUAAAUGAAAUCAACCUGAGAGUGAACCCUGUAACUUAAAAUGAGUCAUAGCUCAACAUCCUUCAAAGGAUGGGCUACAGCAAGAUAAAUGAAAACCAUGACAGAAAAGAUUGAACUGGAGAUUAUCUUUGGGCAAAAAAAAUAGGAGUUUUAUGAUCUCAUUUUUAUUGGGUUAUAUUGUCAGAUCACAGUAGAUUAGAAAAAAGGUUUCCAUCAACACUUUAGGAGUACGAAUUCCUUUUUUUUCCAAUUUCCAGGGCCUGCAAUUUGCUUUGUAUUAAACCAAACAUGCUGUAUAGCCAUAAAUUCCACUGAAGCCAAAGACAACCAAGCACUCAUAUUUUGUUUUGUAAAGGAAUACUGUAUUAUUGAGGCUUGAUUCUUGUAUACUCGUUUGUGCUGUUUUGUUGUUAUUGAGUGUUUUAUAUGACAAAAACAGUGCAGUAUUUAGAUUAAUUACUUAUUGUUUGUAUUUUUCAUAUGGCGUUUAUGACAGAAAUAAUAUAUUUUCAGUCUCUGAAAAAGUUUAUAACAAAGCAGUGUAAUAAAAACAUUUAUAUUUUUAACAGAAC